GCGUUCAGUCGGUCCGAUCGGCUGUGCUCGACAGCAUCAUCUGACACGCGCGUACCGUCCUCGCGAUUAAUAUAAACGUAACAGUUUAAUAUUGGAAUAUUUUCGUUUCUUUACGUCCGCGCGAUAUUCUGUUGUUCCGCACGCAGUCUACAGUCGCGGUCGGUACGAUAUCGAAUUGCCCCCAUACACACACACACACACACACACACACACACACACCCUCUCGCGAACGCGGCUUUUCCGGUGUUUUUCUCUCCGGUAUAGACCCGUCGGUUAUCCGUCUCUCCGGCCCGUUCGCGGUUUUCGAAUUUUUUUUCAUUUUUUUUUUUUUUUUUUUUUUUUUUUCGUAAUCGUCGAUACUGUUUAGCGAUUUUCAGCGGCUCACGACCCCCCCACACCCCGAGACACCGAUCACGCAAGACGAUGACGACGCGGACCGUCGACGACCGUCAGCCGCGGGCCGCCGAGCGCCGGUGAUCGGGGAGAAAACACGCGAAACAACCCCGGGAGUCGUCGCGCGACAUUUCGCCACGCACAACUCUCCCCCCCGAGGACAUCGGCGGGACCAGGGAGCGCGACGGAACAGCGGAGGAACGCGGCGGGAACGAUGCGAACGCCGGCCGGUCGACUCGUGGCCGGAGCGUGCUGCGUACUGGCCGCGGCCGUACUGGCGGCCGCACAACCGCCGGCCAUCAACAACGCCGACCCGCGCACCGACAUCACGCGUCAGACGCCGGUCGGAGGGUAAGCGAAUUCCGUAUUUUUCAAUCCCUUUCUCCCUCCCCCCCAACCGCCAACCCACCCGUGACGCGCGUUUUUAUUCGGCGUGACGCCGAGAGUCGGAUGCGGAAAAAAAGCAGAUUCAUUUUUGCGAAAAAUCUGACGCGUAGUUCAGUAAUAGUUUUCGCUGCUCGCGUCGAGCCGCGGCUGUUGAAAUAUUUUAUUCACGGGCGCGCGAAAAUAGCCUUUUCGGUCGAAAUCGGCCGUUUAUAGUUUCGUGGAGAUGUUUCGCCGUUUAACCGCACGCUUCAAUACGGUUCAAAACGUCUACAUGCGUUUACCGAUAAUUCGUAUCCGUCGGUACCGUACCGAAACUGUGCGGAGGGUGCCGCGCGUGGGAUUCGCCGCCGCUGACAAUCACGCUGUGCAGCGUAAUAUGUAAAAUGCAUUUUGAAUUUGUCCGUUAAUGGAACAGCCGAAAAACCGAACGGUCGAAAUUCGGCGUGAACGUGUUGCGUAAUUUUCGGAGUCCCGGACGUCGUUUUCGGUGCCCACGUUUUCCCAUAACUAUUCCCUCGUGUACAGUAUCUAAUGACAUUAUUUAAAAAAAAAAAAAAACGAAAAAAGCCGUUCCAUUUGUAUUAUUACACCCGUCGCGCCGCUGCAGCACAAAGUGCGGUGUUAUUAUACUUCGGCGGCGUCUUAAAAACAUUAAAAAAAAAAAACCACCUAAAUAACUAUUAAUAUAUGGACGUUUUAUUAUAACUUUCUAAAAAAAAAAAAACCAACAAAAUGUUUAUCGAACAAACGUUUCUAAAUAAAGUUUAAUAAUCGAAUAUUAUGCAACCGCAUCGCGUUUUAAAUAAUGUUCGUUUUUCAAUUAAUUUAACUCGUAAAAAAAAAAAAAAAAAAACACCUACCCACUAAAAAACAAUACGGACAAAAUUACUAUUCCCCAAAGUCGCGGUAAUACGCAGUAUAAUGUGCGCGAUGUAAGUAAGCAGGUAUUUUGUGUAAUAUCGUUACGGUAUUAGUAUUAGUAUAGCAGUAUUCACGAAAACGCCGUUUAAACUUCCAAGUAUAUAAGUAAUAGCGUAAAAAAAUGUAUGGGUAGCUACUUUAUUUUAGAACCUAGCAAAAAACAAAAUACCGAGAUAUCCGAAUAAUUUUACGGGAAUUGCAUAUUUCGGCUGUUUCGGCGGCUUACCGCAGUAUUUUAUACACGAGAACAUUGGAUUUUACUUACGAUAAAAAAAAAAAAAACCACAACGAAAAAAACCAUUUACGAUUAUUACAAAGAAAUAUUCGUUUUCAAACGGGGUUUCCACCCCCAUCCGUACAAAUCUUCAAUCCGCCUACCGAAGCGUGUACUGUCAUAUUGUAUUAAUUGUCUCUGUUUCGUAUACGGUAAAUUUUCGUCAAUUCCGUAUAAUGGAUCCAAUUAUCGUGGUUUUUUUAUUUUUCAAAACGUUUUUAAGGACUUUGAAAAGUUAAUCGUAAUUAAUAAAUACCACGAUAAUCUUAUCAGUGUCGAUGACAUUAACGAGUUAAAAUGUUGAAAGUUAACUGUGAAGUUAUGACCUAUGGCUUUUUUGAGACAUUGAUUGAAUCGAAGAACGGAUAGGUUUUACUGCGGAUGCGCGUUUUUUAUUUGUUUGGUGUCUGUAAAAGAACUUUUUUACUCCAGGAAUCUCACUUCAAUCAAAAUAUUACGGGAAUCUUGUAGAGUUUUUAAUAUAGUCCGUGCAACGAUGAAGUCAUUUUUUAAUUUCCCUUGUAGUUAAAAUUGACAAACUGGCUAUUUUUUUUUUUGUUUUUGAUAAUUUUUUUUUUAAUACGAAAAAUACGACUGAUAAUGGUGAUCUGCGCAGAGUCGUUUUUCAUUUCCAAUGUUUUAUCGUUUACGCGUGCAGAUAUAAAUCAACUUACUCUACAUUCUUCCUAAAUUCCCUGCUAAAAUAACAGCAUAUAAUUUUACACGUUACACAAUUAAUCGUAACUGAACACGCUGUUCCGGAUAAAAUUGUUGGGUGUUCCGACAGCAAAUCGAAUUCUAAACGCCACAUAAAAUUGUCGUUGAAACGUUCGCUGUUGUCUUUAUAAAUCUACAGUGAUUUUCUUCGAAAUACAAAUACAUCAAAGUGUAAUAGUAAACAUUUUUUUUUAUUUUUCUAUAUUAUUAUCGAUCUUAUCGCGUAUUACAAUAAUAAUUUGCGAUAUUCCAAGCGUCUUAAGAAAAAAAAAAUUCAAUUAAAAAAUAUAUUCUAUUCGAAUUCGUUGAAAAAAGUAUUUCGCAAUAAUUCCAUCGUUGCAGUAAUAACCCUAUUGUCGGAAACGUUUUCAUCUGUUGACGUUUUCGUCGGACAAAAAUCACAUGAUUACCGUGUCGCCUGAUUUAUAAGCACACGUACAAAAUGCAUCAAUUUGUUUGGCUUUAGUAUACACGCGUCGCAGUAGACACGCCUUUUGUACCGGAGGUUUUCUAGGAGAUUUUAAAGGAGGAUGGUUUUUUUUUAAAAGGGACACCGGCGGCUGUUUUGUUUUUUUUAAAUACAUUACUCGGGUACCUAAUUAAUAAUUCAUUUCACGUACGUGUCUGUUUGUAUUGGCCACGCGCGGGGUCAGUAAAUUAGGCGCUUAAAUGUAUUUUUUCAAUUUGUAAAAGAUUAUUUUAUAUUAUAUCGUACGGAUAGAUACUUUUUAAAUAAUUACUAAUACGAUUUUAAAAAUCCCGUGUCUAUACGUAAUAUUAUAAUAGGUACGAAAACACGAGACUGAACUUCUCGGAUCUCAUUAAGGCCGUAUUUUCUAUAUCAAGACAAAUCAAUAUAGUUCUUCGUUAUUUCCGUUCGUCGACAUCAACAGAUGGCGCAUUGCCGCCAAAAUAUGAAAAUCCACGUUUUUAAAUCGUAAAUCAGCUCCGUACUCAGCCUAUAAACUCUAUAUACUCAGUGACGUUGAGAAGGGGUGUUUUGGUGUUCAAACACUUCCUCCACCUUUGGCCAUAUUUACGCCAAAAAUAUAAAUUUUAAUACGUAUAUGCGGCCGUGCAUCAGAUUUUUACAAGACGUGUUGAGUUACGCAUUGAUAAUUAUUAAGUAUCCAUUUUGUGUUAUUGCCAUAAACUCACAAUAAAGUUGCACAGUUACAUUGGAACACAAUGUAAAAACAGAUCCCUUAAACAUAAUCCUAGUGAUACCACCCUCUCUACCUACAGUAACUUUAUAGGUGUCCGAUAUUUUAGCUCGUAAUUUAAACAAACUCGAAUGCAUUCAUUCGGUCACCAUGACCCCGUCAAAAAUCGCAAAAACUGCAGUCACUGAAGAUAUGUGAAAAAUCAUUCAAUCUGCUGAACUCUGCGUUAAAGAAUAAAAUUCGUCGAUUUUACGGCACUGAAACUAAAUGCAUUGAUACAAAAAAUUACAUUUUGAAUAUAAAAUACCUUUGACCUCAUCGAUAUUUGAAAACGGACAAAAAAAUAUAUUGUUUUUAAACAUCAUACGCCACUGAAUUUUACGCGCACUCUACGCAGUUAAAAAAUCGUGGAGGAACAACAAACAAAGUAAUACAAGGGCUGAUACUAAGAAAUGGAUAGGUCACUGUUGCAGGUGGAAAGUUGAAAAUGAAGAAUACAAAUUUAUUUAUUUUUAUCUGUACGCAACGAUAAGUUAUUGAUAAUUAAACACGAUUCUGAGCGAAAUGACGUUAUACAUGUUUUGAAAUUCAAUAUAUAUUUUUUUUUUAUCUCAUUUGAUAUUAAAAUGCUUAUAAAAAAAAAAAAUUGUAUUAUAUUUCGAUCGAUUUUACGUUUUUUUUUUUUACCAGCAAGUUAAAUUUAUAAUAAACUACGUAUUGAAUAUUGAAGCAUUUCUAUUCGAUCACACAAUUAUAACCGGAUAAAUGAAAUGUCAAAUACUUAUUAAUAGCUCAAAAGUCGUUAGAAUGUUUUGAAGACUGUACCAUUUCUAGAAAAAGGUAAUAUAAGUAUUUUGUAAAAUUUUUAGCUUCCUACGAUUAUUUUUAUUCGAAUUUCAAUGAAAUUAAUAAAUCGAAGAUAAUGAAAUCGUUAAUGUCGUAAACUUUCCCGGUUUUCCAACGUUUUUCCAAAAUAUUAUGAAAACCACUCGAAAAACUACGGCCUGUCAUAAAUCCCGGAACGUAAAAAAAAAUUUUUUUUUUUUUUUUUUCGGAGAAAGAUUUCCGGUAUAAGAGUUUAUCGAAGGCAGAAUAAACAAAAUGGCACUCACCGUCGUAAAACCAAUACAUUCCUCGCCCCGCUCAGAAUCUAAAACACAUAAUAAUAAUAAUAAUAUCUCGGUACACUCGGUAUGCAGAUUCAAUUUAAAUACAUUUUCGUCCUUCGAUUAUUGCGUACUGUACAACUACGGUGCUGUUUGUGUCGUUAAAUGUCGUUGCCAUUCACGGUUUUGUACACGAUGCGUCGUUCACAAUAGUGUCGGAGAAAUAUUAUGCUCAAAUAAUUCAUACUUAUUAUAAACGCGUUGGACGAGUGUGACCGUGGGAAUAAAACUGCGAUUAUAAUGCUGUAACCGCGCUCUCGGUAUCAUCGUUAGUGUUUUUUUUUUUUUUUUUUUAGAAUUCGAAGAUAAUAAUGCAUUUCUUUAUCAUACGUUUAACAUCAUCGUUGUUCGAUUAGUUUUUUUUUUUUCAUUCUACAUUCCAUAACGUAACAAUCAUAUUUAUAUUAUAAUAUUAUGUCGGUAACUCGGCGAAUCUCCAAUUACACAUCAGCAUUAUAUUAUAAUUUCGGGAGAAAAAAAUGAAAAACGAAUCAUUUUUAGUGCGUGCGAAAUUCGGUGGUACGUUCGUACCUCUUCUACUAACGAUACGUACGUGGGUUUCAAUUUCAAUUAUAAUAUCAGUAUUUUCAGUAUACUUUUUAUCGUAUGCUGUACGUUAGGCAACUCGUGCGGCGGAUCCUCAGACCGACAAUAGUGAUAACAUUAUAUUGCGUUAUACCGCUCGGGUUACAAAAAAAAUAAUACUUUAGGGACGGUCGUGAAAGUAAGACGCUGAAACGAGCUAGGUACGCCCGCACGAAAAGGCCAGAACGCACCGAUGCGGGUAGCGCCGAGACAGACCGCGAAAGGUAAAAGACCCUUUGGGAAGGCCGAGAAGAGAGUAAACGAAUGGAAGUCGUAGUAAACAAGUACGUUGACGCUUCGAGUGGUGAACCGAACAUUUUGACCACGGACAUAGCUGGAGAAUAGGUUGCGAGACGGGCUAGUCCGAAUAAACCGAAUAAUGAUUUUAAAGGAUUUUUUCGUUUGUUUGCUUUUUAUUUACGUGUUGUACAAAUCGUAAAACAAUAGUUACAAUAAGCACAAGUGUUGACAUUUAUUUUCUGAAAUUUGAGAAAUUCAAACCUAUUUAACUUGAUGUGCUAAUAAUGCAUUAAGCAAAUGUUAAGUGCAACAAAAUGAUUGUCUGAUUAUCAACUUGGAAUAUUAAUUUUUUGUCAAGUACCACCUAUUUAGUUUCGGUGCGAAAAAAAUGUGUCAUAUUUUAACAGUAUUUUUUUUUCCUUUUAAAUUUAUGUUUGUUAUAUUAGGUUGAUUUUUAUACAUUUGUAAUGUGGGUAAAAUAUGCACAUUGACAGUGAGGUCGAUGACAUCAAAAGUUGAUAAAAAUUAUUUUUAUAUUUUGUAUUAUUAUUAUAAUUAUUUGUUUUUUUUUCGUCUGUCUAUAUAUGACUUUUCGUCCAGAAAUCUUGAUUCGAUUAUCGACUCGGGAGAGAUAUUUCGUACCAAAUUUUUGGUGGAGUUGGCGCAUUAUUGAAGAGAAUAUUUUUUUUUUAUUUUCCUUGUUGUUUUCUUGAUAAUUAGGAAACAACAGAAAUAUAAUUUUUUCUAAUGUUUUUAAUUUUUUUGAUUCAUUCAUAGGAACCUAAAAUUUUCAUAGAAUAGGUACACGAACUCUUUCUAGACAUAGUGAAGUAUUCAAAUAAUUCUGGCGAUUUUUGAACUAUUUCUAGCUUUGUGAAUAUGUUUUUUGUUGGUUAAAAAUUUGAAGUGAGUGAACGUUAAAAUCGCGAAUGUACGCCAAUAAAAAAAAAAAAAGUAAAGCUUAUAAAAUUUGAUUAUAUUGCCCGUUAUAUAUUAUGACUCGUGGUACGACUUCUGUACAUUUUAAUCGUAACCGGAAACCGGUUCCAAACUCCUUUACCGUCCUACCGAUUACAUAUUAUUAUUGAUACAGGACUUUGAUAAGUGUUAUUUUCGUCAUCUUUCGAAGUCACGUGCGUAAAUGUACGACUUCAAUAACAUUCGCUUUGGAAAAAAAAAAAAAACUAUAAUACUUAACCCGAAGAAACGACCGGUUAAAAAAUGUAUUUUCAAAACGCGCGGAAAUCAUUAUUCACGUAUUUUUUUUUUUUUUUUUUUUUUUUUUUUAUGUAUAUAUAUAUAUAUGGAUAGGCUGAUUUUUAUUAUUAUAAGCUCGAGUGUUGAGCCACUACGGCAUUGUGAUAAAGCGAUAAUAUCCCGUUACCGGAGCACGGUUACGAGGGGAACAAAAAAAAAAAUGUAACAGUACUUAUACCGCGGUGCCUAUUAUAUUAUAGGCGGGCGGGUACUUAUCACCACUCGUCGAACUAUCGUCGUUUCGAAUAAAUCACCCACGAAAUAAUAACAAUAAUAAUAACGAUAAUGAUAAUAAUAAUAAUAAUAAAUACAUAUUCCGGUUCGUUUUACACGCCGUAUGUACGCGUAAGUGCAUUGUGCGGCGUUUAAAAAUAGGCGCACCAGUAGGCAGGUACAUAGUGUAACAUUAUAGGAAUAAAAAAUACCGUUCACGCCUGAUCGUGGAGAGAGAAAAAAAAAAAAUAAUAAAUUAUAUACAGUGUUUACUCGUAUGGGAUAACAUGUAUAAUAUGGAUCGUGGGUACUUUUGUAGGUAUUUUUUGAUACGAUUCGAUUUGUAAUACAAAUUGUUAUUAUUUAUUAUUAUUUUUUUUUUUAUAUUUUUUCCAAUCAAUCCCCGCAGUAAUAUCUUCGGCGGUCAUGCGAGACAAACGUAUUAAACGUGCAUGCACGUUAAAUAGACCGGAUUGUCUAAUGAACAACGUCGGCGGUGGCGCGACGAGCGUCGUGUCUGAUCUCAGAAAAUAGGUAAUCGUUUUUCUUACGGUUUUAUUUAUUUUUUAGACGCCGCCACCGCCGCCGUUGGAUAACACGCGAAAUAAUUCGAUUGACAAAACGCGUGGGCUUCAUCCCUCCCGGCCGAACGAUUUUUUCCUGGUGAAUAGACAGGACCUGCCGCAGUGCAGUUACCAACUGUUUUGAUAAAAUCGUCUGAAAGACAUGCAAUCUAGACGACCGCAUAACACUACGGUUUACAGUAGAAUAAAGUUUCAUUGUAUUCGAAUUAUGAGCUUUUCUACAAUACCAGAUAUCUUGUACCGAUUUCCAAGAGUAUAAAAUCUUUUCUGAAAGACGAUUUUCAGUGGUCGGUGCAUUGGAGUGGUCAUGUUUUUUUUUUUUUUUUUUUAUAUUAUUAUUUUGCUGGUAAUUUGCUUAAUAAUCGAAGAAAAAAACGAGAAAAUCGUUUAUUAUCGAUAUAACAGUUUUUUGUUUUUUUUUUCGAUUAGAUUAAAAAAUAAUCUUUCGGAUCAGACGAUUUUUCCGAAUGCUUAAACAAGUAUUUUUUAAACGCAGCAAAAUAUUCGAAAUAUUCUGGCACUUUGUUAAACUAUUUGUAAACAUAUUAAAUUUUCGAAUUUAGUUUUUAAUUAGUUUUUUAUUUAGUUAAAAUAUAUGUUCUGGCCGAGCCGAAAUAUUUGAACAUUUUUACACGAGGUUCAUUAAAAGUUUUACUCUGUGAUAGUAAAUAAAAGAAAAUUUUGACCGUUAUGUAGUAGUUUUUUUUUAUCAGCGUUUCAAGUUCACAUUUUAAUGAAAAUCUGCACGUAAAAAUCACGUUUAACCGAACUUUUUUAAAAACCGUUUUCAGUUAGGCAUAAUUUAUUAUCAAGUACAAAUAUGAACUUUAACUGUCUAUACGCAUUUUAUCUUUUUCCCAUUGUACGGGGACGGCAAAACUGGUGAAACGUACAAACAUAGUAUAAAAUGGAGUUAUGCCGAGAUUUUUGAGGAAAAAAUGUCUGGAAGUUAAAAAAAAAUAUAAUAUCUAUAUGUAAAUAUAAGUAUAAACAAUAAUUGAAUAAAAUUUAAACGGACCAAUCGACUGAAUAAUAAUGUCAAUGUAAAGUAAUAAACCGUAUUAUUAUUUAUCAAUAUUGAGUACUGAUACAAAAUCACAAAAAAGCUGAUACUGGGGACGGGUGCGGCAACUGUUGUAGGUGAGAAGUUUGGAAGAAUACACAAGAUUAUUUCUAUUAUAUCUGUAAGCAACGAUAAACCAUUGCUCGACGAAAGACGCAGUUCGGUAAUACAUAAUUUGAAUCAUCGUAAUUUUUUUUUUUGCGAUUUUCUUUUAAAUUUGAUUUAAAAACUCUUAUUAAAAAAAAAAAAAAAUCGUCCGAUGAUUUUUGGAAAUUUUGCCACGUCUAGAUAAGUCCAAUAUAACUAUAAUUACCAAGUUUCAAGUCUCUACGUGUAUUUAUAACUGAAUUACAGCAAACAAAAACUCUCAAAAAUUAAAAUUCUUUAAAAGCUCAAAAGUGGCUCAAAAGUUAUAGCGAUGAUAUCGUAAGAAAGUGAAUCAAAAAGGCAACAAAAAACGGUAUUUUGUAAUUUUUCGUAUAAAAUAUUUUUUCUGAUAGAAAACGUCGUCAGUAUUUUCGUAAAAUAAUAAAAUCGUGAAAUUGUACGUUUUCUUACGAUUUUUUCCCACUUAAGUGCUUUUAUUAAAAAAAUGGCGUCGAUAAAUGUUCUCUUCAAAGUACAAUCUAAACAACUCGAGCUUUCAGAAAAGUUGCUAUACGUAAAAAUUGGAGGAAGCAUACUAGGAAAAAACGUGUCCACAGACUAGAAGAAAGAAAGAAAGAAAGAAAAAAAAGAAAUAAACAUCUUUGUAAAACCAAUACAUUUCUCGCUUCGCUCAGAGUCCAAAAUCAAACGCAAAUAAAAUAACAAGGUAUUAUUAUUAGGCUAGUAUUUGUAAAAUACUUAUCGAAAAAGUAUAACCUAAUUUUCAACUGAUUCGUCCGAUUAGAAUUGUAUUAGUUUUUUAUCAUUUAUUUACUAUUGUUUAGUAUGUUUAAGAACCCCUGAUUAACAUACACGAAUUGCGUCCGGAAUCUAUAAGGACGCAAGUCGCGUACACAUUAUAUUUUACGGGAUGAAACCUAUGUGUUCCCACUAAAACAAUACAACAUUCAAUUUAACGUAUUAUCCGAAAACCGCAAAUUUGACCAAGGUAAUAAUGAACAAUAUUGUUAGAUAUUUUGCAAUAGUUAUCCUAUAUAAUAUUAUAAUACGAGCUUCAAUGUUUUUUGUUUACGCUUCAUUAUCUCAAAACCCGUCUGCAGGAUUCUCUCGGAAGUUGAUGUUUCAUAGUAUUUCGGGCGUAAGGAAUUCAUAGGGUCAGGUUCUUUUUUUUUUUUUUUUGGGGGGGGGGGGGGUAAUUCAUUAACGAGCUAAAACAGAGUGUCUAUGAAUCACGCAUCUUCGUGUACCAUCGACAUUAUCGUCGGAUUAUCGCCAUGCAGCAACUGAAAUUACAUAUUAAUAUAAUAUCUAUGGUGGUUACACAGUUGUCAACGGGUUGUUGUUUUUUCAUUACUAUAGUAUCCAUGUUAAUUUGACAUUUAUAAACUUUACUGCUAUUAAUUUGUUAUUAUUAUUAUUUUUUUUUUUUAAGAAGAAGAAGAUGUGCAUAUUAUUAUCCAUUACAAUAUUAUUAUAUUAAUAUAUAAUGUCAGUCAGUUUAUUUUCGUUUGAACGCGAAGAAGAAUACUAUAUUUAAUUAUGUUAUGAUGGCGUUUUUUUUUUUCGUGCGUUGUUUAACUUAAAUUAAUUAUUACGAAUUUCGAGUGCAAAAAAGAAAAGUAGUUUUUCGUAACAGUGUUACUUAUUCGUUAUUAUUUAAUUUUUUAAAACGGAAUUAAUCAAUAUUAAUAUAAAUCAAUACAUUCGCAACUAUCUUCGUCCGACUCGCAAAAAUGCACCCGAGCAAGAAACGGUGUCUUUGUACGCCCACAUUUUUGACCCGUUAGGUGUGUUAUUACGGACGAAUUUCGCAUUCACGAAAUAUAUAUAAAAAUUGUUUCAAUUCGUUUGAUUGUCAUUCGAAAAGUUCCAUUAUAUUUUAAUAAUAUAAUGUACGAAACGAGUUAAAACAGUGAUGUCGGUAUGAAUACAAUAAUAGUAUAACAACACGAAACGAUCGCGUAACUCACGUUUGAUAUGUAUGUAUAAAAAAAAAAAAAAAAACAAUAAUAAUAAUAAUAAUCCCCGUUUAAAAAGUUUUGUUCAGUAAUCCCCCUCGUUAUCCGCGGAUUUUUUCCACCGCGGUUAAGUCGGAAAUACCUUCUAUUUAAUAAUCCAUACAAUUUGUCGGUAUUAUACGAACGCUGCAGUUCGCUUCAGAUAAGGUUAGAUGAUUUUCGUUAUACCGUUAAGUAUUUGGAAUGUGUACUACGCCAUCAGAGAUAAAUGCCGUAUAAGGUACAGACGUACGAUUAAUACACAAUCGUAUACAAUAUGGUCUCGUUAUCCGCGGUGUUUUGUUAUCCGCGCAACUUUGUUGGAACCUUACACCUCCGCGAAUAACGAGGGAUUACUGUACUCCUGCCGACGGGCAUGCCACUGUUUUGUAGGUGAGAAGUUUAGGAGGUAGGACACGUAGAGUUAUUUAACAAUUUAUGACUGUGCGAAACGAUAAAUCAUUGCUAAUACGAAAUACGGUUCUUCAAAGAAGCUUAUGAAAUGAGAAAACUACGUUUUUAAAACGUCAAGCACGGCUCGCGGUGGACAUUGUGUGUUCAAAUUUUAAGCAUUUCUACUCGGCCAAAUGAAUGUCAUCAGCAAAAAACCAAAUAAAAACCAAUAAAACUCGAAAAUUCAAAUGUCCACAAAUAACUCAAAAUCGCCAAAAUGUUUUGAACGUUAAUUACUACGUUUAAAAAUUGUUAAUAAAAAACUUCUUGUGAAAUUUCCAUGUCUAUACAACUUUUUCUAACAAAAAUACAAAAGCGAAAUGAAACGUACCCGUUUUUCCUAUACGUUUCUUCCUGGUUUACCCUCAACUAAUAUGAAAACUACAUGGAAAAUCAAAAAAAUUACCUCCUCAAUGAACAAACUAGUUUGAAAAUGAUAAAAAAAAAAAGGUUUUCAUAUCGUUUUUUAACCGGGACAAUAUUUCUGGGAGACAAUUUAUUUACAGACUGUACUUCACUGUAAAAUCAAUUUAUUUUUCGUGGCACUAAUAACAUAACCUAAAAAAAAGGUGAAAUAUUUUAAAUAACAUUCAAUUUUGUUUUUUUAUAGUUUAUAUAGGAUAUUAUACUCAUAAAUAUAAUUUAUGAAAACUAAUUAAUAUUUCCCAACAUAAUAUACGUUUUUUUAAUCACUAAUCGCCUACAAAAUAUUUUAAAAUUGCGUUUCAUUCGUUACAUAUACGUAAUAUGCGUCACGCGUUUCCAGGAUACCUAAUUAUAGGUUUUAGAUUAUUAUGACAGCGUGUAAAAAUUAUUGUUAACAACAAUUUUGCAUUAUUAUAGGGCGGGUUAUCGUAAUUUAAACAAAAAUAUUCAAUUUACAUAAAUUAUACUAUCAAUAAUAACGAUAAUUUUAUAUAUACGCAUUGCCUAUGCAAUUUAUAUUUUAAUAUAUUAUCGUAUACGCAAUGCGCAUACUAUACGGUACGUUUUUGAUGUAGGUAAAAAAAAAGCACCCGAUAACUUGAAAAAAAAAAAAAAAUCAAUCGGUACGUUUAAUAAGUAUUGUAUAUAUAUAUAUAUACAUACAUAAGUGCAGGUACGUUAAUUGAUUGAAACGCGAUAUUAUUUUAUAAUGCACGUGGCUCAUUAUCAUAUUAUUAUUAUUAUUAUUAUUAUCCGAUAUACUAUCCGAGAUCAAUCGCAUCACGAUAUUGUUAUAAAUACCCUGUAUGCACAAGUAUUAUAAUACCGAAACGGACCGCUCGACGAUAUCCUUGGGCGCAGGGGCGUUCGAGAUAAAUGAUUUUCCGUCGUCGUCGUCGUCGUCGUCGCGGUCGCCGUAUAGAUCUCCGCUCGGAUACUAUUUCGUACGGUUUUACUUUCACGUCGUGGAAAUUUAUUAGGUAUAUAAUAUUAGGCACGACGGCCGUCGCCGUCAUCGUCCUACGCGCGUAUUUUAUUAUUACAUAGGCAUUAUAAUAUUGUAUCGUGUAACCUCUGUACCACCUAAUACAAACGAAUACAGAUAUUGUAUAUAUUUGUACUGUGCGGUUUAAUGUUCGAUAUCCGUAAAAACACCUCGGACACCAGGAGACCUGUACGUUUCCAGAUUCGUAUCUUCCGGAAUCGUACACGUCGGAUUUUCAUGUAGGUAUCCACGGUGGUUAAAGCGAAAAAAACCUCGAGUGUAGGGACUCUGUAUUUACGGAAUAUUGAAAAUAUCCGACCAAAGUCAAGAACCCAGCGUAAUAUUUUCUCCCGUCGUACACGUUUUUUUCCUGGAACGUUAAGUUCAGAUGAUUUAUAAACGCACCCAUCCUCUCAUUUAAAAACAAAAACCCAAAAAGUCACUUCCUCCCCCGGCCCACUGCUAUCAAAGACAUCAGCUAAACGGAACGGAUAGUUUUACUUUAAAGAAGAGAGACUCGGGGCUCCCACUGCCGCCCCAUCUCCGAACCAAUGGGUAAUCACUGUAGCUUCCGCCUAUAAUUUCAUGCACCAGUCCUUCCCUUGGCAGUUCGAUUUUUUUGAGGAAAUCGCCGUUUGGUUAUCGCUUAUUUCACAAAAUUAAUUUUUCCUUUGAUCAUUUUUUCCUAUCCGUCGGUCUUCCUAGAGUCUAGCGAAUCUCACUGAGAAAUUACGACAAAUCACAAUAGUACUUCUUCCAAGAAUGCCAUCAAAAAUCACCAACUUGAACUGAAAAUUAAUAAAGAAAUGUCGAAACUGAAGAAAAAAAUAGCGAAAGAUGGAACGUACGAUGUUUAAUGUGUACGUUUUAUUGGCCGUUUUACACGACCGAUAAAAGCGUACAAUAUGCCGUAUAGUAUGUAAACUCUCGUCGGUUAAUAUAGGUUUUCGAUAUUUUCUCCGAUUUUGUAAAAUUUAAAAAUUAUUCGGAACAUUCUAAAGACCACAUCAAAUAUACGAAUUUUCCACUAAUCUAUUGUUCGCGCGAGAGUGUGCAUGAUUUAUUGUUAACAUAAUAUUUGUCUACUACUCGUUUUAACGAAAACAUUUUACAGACCUCAUUGAACUCCGAUUCACCGUCUGAUUUCAAAAAUAAUGAUGGAAAAAAUAGUAAAAAUUGACCUUUACUCGUACGAGCAUGUUUGAAUAUUCAAAAAAAAAAAAAAUUAAAAAAAAAAAAAUGAAUAAUGAUCGAAAUCGGACUCGUCUACACGACGUGUAUUCGAGGCAUGAGAGUUUGUCCCGUGAGGCGUGUCUUUUGAGCCUAAUAAACGAUCUGGCACCGGGCCCCUUAAGCGUGUCACGAAUAGUUUAUUAAAUUAUUACGUUGUGGCUUGUGUAAUAAUAAUACGGUGUACGACCGUAAUAAUAUUAUAACCGGGCGAAUCGCGAUGAUCUUCGAUUUACAAGAUCAGACAUACACAGAGAGAGAGAGAGAGAGAGAGAGAGAGAGAGAGCGUGGCAUAAAAAAAUAAAUCGUAAUAUAAUAACGAAAUAUUAACGCUCGAAUUGGCCAUACAGGGUGAUUCGUUCAUCGUGAACAGACCAUUGUCUCGUAUGAUUUGAAGCUAGUAUGAUUUCAUCAGUCUAUUCAAACCACUCUAAACCGUCAUAAUUCGUAAAAUCUGCGUUCAAAAGGAGGCGGAGCGAAGGUUCAUAAAAAGCGUACCCGUUACGCUAGUACACGGAGCGCGGUCAUUUAAAACCGCGAUAAAAUUCGAUGUUUAAAUGAUUCUUAUAAUGAUUGGAAAGGGGGGGGGGAAAGAAACCAGAAAUCGAACUCCCUUCGAAAUCAUCCGAGAACAUCGGUGUUUCACGAUCGAUGGAUCGCUCUGUAUAACGAUGUUAUCGGGACGAUUUACGCACAGAUUGUACACCGUUUCCGAUAUCGGCACUUCCCACGUAGUUAAAUAUUAUAAUCGUAAGCACAUGGCGUUUAUGAUAAUAGAUUUUCGAAAAAAAAAAAAAAAAAAAAAAAAAAUGUAAAAAAACACCGGGGUGUGUGCGAGCGUGUUUAUCGGCCACGACUACAAAUCAUCCGUAAUCAUACGGUCCGCGUAAAAUUAAAUCAAUAUUAUACCCGUUUAAAAUCGUAAUAUUAUGUACACUCGAUAUUGGGGGUCGCUAUCGUAACCUAUACUCGCGUCCGAUACGACGACAACGACGUGUAUUUAUGAAGGCUUUUAUUAUUAUUAUUAUAUAAUUUUUUUUUUUUUUUUUUUUUUUAUAACAAAGCGGAUCCGACUGAUAAUAAUACUAUCGGUGUUUGGUUUCUACCGACGCGCGGCGGUCGAACGAUUACAGUAUUUAUUUUCGGCGCGUGUGGCACAAUAAUAUUAUCAUAUUAAUAACAUUAAAAAGAAACGGAAAAUUCGAAAAUCGAGGACGAUAUUUUAUCGACACGUCCCGUGCACGCAUCGCGGUGAGAAUGCCAGAAUAAAAAAAAAAAAAAAAUGUUCCGGAGUAAAAAUGACCAAAUUCAAAAACGUCCUCCUACGAGUGAACGUGUAAAAACGUUGAAACAUUUUUUUUUUUUUUUUUUAUUAUUGUAAUUUGGUUAGAAUAAUCGUUGAGUUGAAAUUGUAAUCGCGGACGAAUUCGAACGGUUUGAUUAUUGAACGCAAUGAGGAAGAUAUUGGUUUUAUUGUAACGAGUGGCAUUCGUUUUUUUCUUGUAAACAAAUUUUUCAUCAGAAAUUUUUUUCCAAUUAAAAAACGAUAAUUGAGCUUUUUUGGAGCAUUUUGAAUAUUUUUGGUUUAUACGGAGAUAGUUUGUCGUAUAGUGUUCUAAAUAAUUGGGAAAAAAAACGUAGGAAAAUCGCGAAUGUUUACGGCAUUAACGGGUCUAUUAUUUUCGAUUUUUUUUUUUUUAUUAUUGUAAUUUGGUUAGAAUAAUCGUUGAGACCAGACAUUUUUACAACGAUUUUAUUCUAACCUUUUUUAAGAGCUGGUAAAAUGUAAAAAAAAUUCUGAAGUUUUUUGAGCAAUUUAUAGGCAUUUGACAUUUACGAAUUCGUUUUGAGUUUUUAUAUGGUUUAAUGAGGACAAAAUUGUUCGGCCAAAUAGAAAUGCUAGACAAUUUCAUAUGAAGUUUAUUGUAUAUUUAAUAUAGCAGGUAUAAAAAAAAAAAAAAACCGAACGCAAUGUAGUAUUUUUUUAAAUUUUUUUUCUUGAAGGCAUUAAUUUUUCAAAUUUUAAUAAAAUUCACGUUGUUCGCGUACUAUUUUACCAUAUUCUAUGUUUAACUUAAUAGAAGAAGAGAACGAAAUUUGAAAUUUGAGAACAAUUUUUUACUCACUUCUUGUGGUCUGAUCAAUGUGAAAUUUCGCAUACUCUUAUACAAUAAUCAAUAUAAUCGGAUUUUUUCGAAUUCACCUGUUCUCCAAAUUUAAUUGACCGAAUUGCUUUUGGGCUUUUAGGAUAAAAUAAUAUCAAAUUAUUGAGAAUGCCACUAUUAUUCGUACACUCUUAAUUAAAAAUAAUUCGUAGUUAGACGUUCAGUUUUAACACAUUUUAUCAACUCUCGUCACUCGAUUACUUAUUUAAUUUUCAUUUCUUUGAGAAUCCGUAAUUGACGUUAUAUGAUGUGUAUUAUGACGUAUUGGAUCCAUGGUUUUCGCUUUUAUUUAUUUUACCGUUCAAUAAUCAACUCCAAUUUGCUUAAUUAAGGAGCGAUUAUUUUUUUUUUUUACACUUGCUAUAAAUAACUAGUUAAUUUUCAAUCUCCUGAACGCACCACUAAAUAUUUACAAUCCGCGUGCUAUAUAAACAGUAUGAUUAGAUAGUAUUUGCUCGACAAUUUGUUAACAGUUCCGCGUUGUAUAUACCGACUUAGGUGUAUCGUGGUAUACACGUGACGGGACAAAACAACUGUGUUGAACAUUAUGAUCAUUCUUGGUUUUCAAAGAAAUAACCGCAAACACUUGGUAGAUUUUAUCGUUUCCGCUAUGACAAAAACGAUUUUGAAAAAAUUAAUAAUAAUAACGUUUCAUUCAACUUUUUUUAACUUAACUCGGUUAAUUAAUAUUUUUUUUUUUUUUUAAAUUUAUGACCAUAGAAUAUUAUAAUCAUUAGAUGUAAACUGUGCUGGGAUUUUUCAGCACUGAAAAUAACUGAUAUAUGCGCCAUAGUGUCACCUAAAAACAUGCAAAAUGAUAAAAAUACAAUUUUUUUAAUUUUUAAUUUUUUUAAAAUACAUAAAUACAACCGAUAACAAGUCAUACAUAUAAACUGUUCGAAAUAGAUUAUAAAUGAAACGAAAAUGCAUGUGUAUUUUUCUUAUGAAUUCACACAAUAAUAAUAGAUUUUUUCUACUAAUCAUGAAAAACACAAAAUAAAUAAUUAGUUAUAUAUUAUACAUAUUAUCAAAAAAUAUGAAUAUUGAAAAAUAGCACUAAAAACCUAAAAUACUUCAAAUAUGCAAAGAAUAUCAAUAUAAAAUUUCACAUUUUGAGUCUCCGGUGCAUGAAACAAAUUGCAAAACUCAUUCUGCUAUUUUUAUCUGUAUCCUAUAAUAAUGAACAAAUGUUAUAAAAUCCGCGCCCUGGAUAUAAGGAAUAAAGUGUGUGCGACAGUGAUAAUAAUAAUCAUUAUUAAAUUGUGUUCUCGAAUCCUGCGAUUUCCUGCUAUUCGUAUUAUCGUAUACGAAAACGUGUCCGGUGUACGUGUAAAUAAAAAUAAUAAUAAUAAUAUAUACAAACAUAAGAAGUAAAUCAUGGAAUAAAAAAAUUAAAAAAAAAACGAAAUUUAAAAAAAAAAAAAGGAAUUGUAUUGAUUUAUAGUGGUAGGAUUAUAUUGGCUUGGCUAUUGGGAAAAAAAAAAAAAAAAAAAAUAUAAAAAACUUCGGAAAUUUUACGUACAUACAAAAUGUCAAAUAUAGAAAAACGGAAACCGAUAGUUAUUUAUAUUGAAUAAAUAAUACGUCGUAUUAUGAAUUAUGUAAAAUAAACGUAUCGUUUUUGUUUUUUUUUAUUUUGUCUACAAACAUGUAAACAUAUAAAUUGAUGUACGUUAUAAAAAAAAAACGAAAAAAAAAAAUUUAGGUAGACAUAACGUUACAUUACGAAUAAAAAUGCAUACUCUAUUGUAUUUCGUCGUUUAUAUAAUAUUAAUAAUAAUUAUCGCUGUAUAAUUUAACACGGGAUUUAUCAUACGAUUCAUUCGGUGAUAAAAAAAGAAAAGAAAGUAAAACAUGAUGUAGUAGUUUUUUUUUUUUAAUAUACGCGUUGAAAAUUCAAAUGUUUUAGAAAAUCGUGAACAUCACGGCGUUUUACAACGUGUAACGCGCACGUGCGUCCUCCAUCCCUAUCAUUAUAUCCACUUCACGCCAUCGGUAAAAAAUACUGACGACUCGAUAUCCGAUUUUUGUAUCAGUCUUCAGUAUCGCUCUUUCAUACUGACAGUACGUCAUCAGUAGUCACCACAUUUCGCGAUCAAUAAAAUACUGUCAAUAGCGUUAGUCGUGUGUGGAGGGCCGCUUUAUAGUCCAUUUAAAACAUUGACAGAUAUACUCGUUAUAUAAUUUUUAAUAGUAAUGUUAAACCUACAUCCAAAAUCUAUAUUAAUUGUCCGUGCGGACUGCCGUAAUGUGGAAGUCCGCUGUCCCGUAUGCUUUGAUACCAUUUAAAAGAUUAUCGCUUCAGCAGUAUUAACGUAACACGGCAUUUCGCAUGUUACAGCUGUAGCGGUAAUGUCCGUCAAUGUGUUAAAACCGAGAUCAUAAUAACAAAUAAACAAAUAAAAUAAUAUUAUCUAAUAAUAGUUUAACCGUUGAUUAAAUCAAACGUGUCGUACACCAGUGGUUCUCAAACUGGGGGCGUAGGGAAGCGUGAAAAUUUUGACGGGGUGUGACCUGAGAUGCACGUUACCACAGUUGUCGCCAAACAUUAAAAAAUCGAUCGGAACUUGGCAGUGCCGGCCCUCUCAUUAAUUUGUAUCCGCUUAAUAAGAAUAAAUGUAAAUUUAAUGCUUAAAAAAGUGAACAUAAUAUAAUUUGUUUUAAUAAAUUUAAAUUGUAAUCAUUUUUUUUUCCUAACAAAUAAAUUCAUUAGAUAUUUAAAAAAACGAGCAUAUAUCGGAUGUAGCCACUGUUGUAGAUAGGAAGUUAGGAAUAUAGGAUACAGAAGGGAAUUUAAUGUAAAUCUUUAAGAAAAAAAAAAUUACAUAAAAACAUAUUCGCUACAUUCAGAAGAUAAAAAAAACUCUGUUGAUUUUCAUUCAUAUUAGCCCAAUACCCUAUAUGAUUCAUAUAUCACACGUAAUUCAAUCUUAUUGCGGUGAGGGGGGGGGGCGUGGCAUCAUAAAAUAGUAUGAAAGGAGGCAUGUACCACGAAAGGUUGAGAAUCUUGGUCUAUACUACACGUACGUACACAAUAUACAUAAUAUGUCAACGUCAACCGAAUUCGUGUUUUGUACGUCAACAUUGACCGAAAUCGUCGUGUAAAUGUCGACGUUGCCGCCAGUUAAUGUCCGUAUUUUUUUCAUUUGUCAACAUUCAUCGGGUAACUGUCAGCGUCCGCCAACCGCGGACAUUCACAGUUAUUUACGUUACAGUCAAAUUUCCCGUGAAAUACUUUUCUUUUUCGAAAAAUGAUAUUGUUAAAGUUUAUUAACACUAUUAAUACACCAUUUAUGUCAAUAUAUAGGUUUUGAUUUGAAAAUCCAAAGUGGGUAUAGUCCUUUUCGGGCCCCCGAAAAAUACACGCGACAAAAAUAAGGACAUCGUGAAAUUUUAGAAUUUAUAGUGCUAGAAAGUUUUACAAUUUUUGUUUUUUUUUUUUUUUAUUUUAAAAACAUAAGAAUUUUAUGGAAAAUUAAACAGUAAUAUUCGUUUCAGUGAGCAUCUCGAAAACCCAGGAUAGCUAUUAUUGAAAAUACGUAGCGUUUGGAUUAGUUAUUUAAAAUUAUUAUUCGAAUUACUGUGUUAAGAUAUAUUUUUGUGUUUUUUUUUUUCCAGGCCGAACGUGUGCCGGUCGCGGUUUAGAAACUACUGUUGUCCGGGCUGGACGUUGAAACACGCGACCGGACUCUGUAUCGUCCGUGAGUACAUUAUGUUAUUAAUAAUUAUUUUUUUUACACGCUUUUAUCAAUUGCUAAUUGCAUCUCAAGUGUUGUUGUUUUUUUUUUUUUUUAUUAUUAUUAUUAUUAUUAAUAUUAUUGUUGGUUAUAAACACAUAAAACGGCUGAGGACAUACUGCCAUUAUAUACGCUUCGUUAAUUGCGACCACAAAAAUAAUAACAACUACCCGUUUUAAAUGUGCGCGAUGUGUCGUCGUUCACAAUAUCACUCGCAUCGUCACCGACGAGAGAUCAAAAGUGAUUUGAAAGUGUAAACAGUAGACAAUUUUAAUCAAUGUUGUUAUUUCAAUAUCGACCAUUCUGCGUUGUAAAACGUUGUAAUUUAUCGUCUCCGGACGAAAUCGCGCUCGUCCUCGGGACGUACAACGCAACUGCGUACAACAUAGAAAUUAAAAUUGUGACGCUAAAGUUGAAAUAGUUAGAACUUAAACGCAAAUAACAAGCAAAUCUAAAGAGGCCACUGUUUUUUGACGGCACUACGUCACGUCCAUAAUAUUUCCUCUACCCUGCUGUGUUCGAUCGAAUUAGGACUUGCGUUGGCACGUUGACAUCUCGCACAAAAUACCGAGAUGAACGUUUCGAUUCGUUAUUUGCACAUUAGUAGCGAAAUUAAUUAUUCGCGGCUGCCCGAACUAACCGGUUAAAAAUUCCGAUUGCAAAUUGCCGCAAAUCAGGAAUCGAUCGGACCAAGUGGGGGGAGCUACUUCGCUCACGUCACUUCGUCGCUUUUUUUUUUUUUUUGUGUCUGUAAACAACUAAACAAAGCAGUUAACACUAUAUGUCACUUUUGCUUUUUAAAUUCUGAAUGGAGCUAAGGAUCUUUUGGUUUUAAUAUGAUGUGAUUUUUUUUUUUUUUUGUGUCUGUAAACAACUAAACUAUUUCUGUUAGAUAACCUCGCAACUAUGGGGUUUUUUCGAAAGUUUGUGUUCCAGAGAUUUAAGGGAGGAGAAUUCGGUUCGGGGCUUAAAGAGAGUGUCGGAAUUAUAUGCGUCUUUAUAUAAUUUUCGGUCGGUAAUAUUCGGACGAUCGCCGUGCAGCAAUACUUUAAUAAUAUCUAUGGCGUUGUCAUCGGGUCAUUGUUUUGUCAUACAGUAUCCAUGUCAAUGAAAUAAAAAGACCUUUUCAUUUUCCUAAUUACGUUUUACGCCUGCCUGUAAAUUGUUUUCUCGGCGCUGUCUGCAGUAUUUGUUACGGUUCGAUUUAAUUAUUUUAACUUCCACCGAAGGAGACGCUUUACCGUUUACCGUGAGUUCAUUACUUGAAUUAUUUUUAUCACAUCUUUAAUUGAAACUAACUUCUCGGGGUUUUUUAAUAAAUUCGAUCUGUCCAUCCGUUAGGUAUUUAUUCUAUUUUAUUGAUUUUUUAGCGACACAUUUACUGUUGCAUCGGAUAAGUUUUUUAAUAAAGGCCAAAAAACGCUUUUCGAAAAAAAAAAUCUUGUCCCAGUCUAUAGAGUGUAGUACUUUUUCUGAAAAUAAAUUGUGUCUAGUUGGUGCACUAGACGGGUCAUUUUUUGAUUUUUCUAGAGAUUUUUAAAAUAAUUCAGAAAAAAUAAAAACCUUAUGGUUUCCCUUAGAAUCAUUGCUUCAAUCGAAAAAUAAUAACAGCUUUUUAGACCGAAAUCGUCAAAAUUACGACAUUUAAAAAUAUGUCUUACCGAACUUCGCUCCGACAAUGGUUUAUUUUUGCGUACAGAUAUAAAUUAAAUAAAUUCAUGUAUCCCAACUACCCAAUAAACCAUGUACAGUGGCCCCACCCACACCACUAUCAGCUAUUUUUUUUAAAAAUAACUAUACACGAAAAAUAUUUUCCUUCUAAAUGCAUUUAUUUGCGUUUAAACCCUAUGAUUUCAAUAUAACACGCAUUGCAAUUUGUAUAAAAUUCGUUUUAUACACAAUGUUUUAAACGUAUCGACUGCGACGAUGGUUAUAAUCCAACUUAACUUUUCGUUUGCUCUCAGCCGUGUGCAACAGACCGUGCAACGGCGGUCGGUGCAUCAAGCCGAACAUGUGUCUGUGCGACGAGGGCUCGGUCAGAUCGGCGUGUCUGCCCGACGACCUCCGGGACACUUACAACAGGGACGAUGAGCAGCCGCGGCCGCAGCUGCCGUCGUCCUCGCCAGACCGCGUGGAGGAUACACCAUCGUCGGGGGCGAGUGCAUCGGCUACUGGUAGCGGGAACACAGGAGGCGUCAGCGGUGGCGGGAACGUCGGAGGAGGCGGCAGGUCAGUGGCGACUCCGGCCUCGCAGAUCACCAACACGAGAAACGCGUGCAAGUAUCCGUGUCUGAACGGCGGCACCUGCACCCAGGGAUCGGUUUGCACGUGCCGACAGGGUUACGCUGGCGAAAAUUGUGCGGAACGUAAGUAUAAUAUCUCAUUGACGUAGUUCCAGCUAUUCCAUUACGGUGUUUGCGGCAAAUAUGCGCAAAAGACACAAAAAAUCGUUUUUUCCUUUUAUGUUUUCUUUAGUGAAUCGGUAACAGUAAUAUUUUAGUCGAUUUAAAUCUGAAAACCAUCAAAAAUCACAAUGGCGAUUAUUGCGUGUGACAUAUUUGAAUGUUGAAAAUGAAUUAUUUUAGUUAUUUCACCAUUAGGACAUGUUGAAAAUCCGUUAAGCUAUGAAUAUUCAUCAAGAGAGUGCAUUAGCGUGCAAACUUGAAAAAAUAUACUUUUUAAAAUAGUACGAAAUACGUUGUUAUUGUCUAAAACGGACGUUUAAAUUAUGGUACUCCGUUAAAAAAAUUACUCGAGUACGAAUACAGAUAUUUCAUGAAUAUUAUUCAUAAAUACUUUCAAAAAUUACUUGUUUUCAUACACAUUAUCCUAUAUACGUUUAGAGUCUUUAACAUUAGAUUUUUUUUUUAAAUUUAACUUUCGAUACAUUAUAUUUACGUAUUACGGUGUAGUGCGGUGCGGUUAAAUUGUUAAGAGGGCGUAAUACUCGCAUUUGCCAUCUCUGACAUACAAACGUACACGUCACAGAAAAUCUACGUUUCGCAGGAACAAUAUCGUGCUGUUAGUUUAAUAUUAGAGUGAAUUGGAUUAUUAUGAAACUUAAGGAUAAGAACAUUAUCUGUACAACGUUGGCGCUACUUUUGCGCUGCAUGAAUUACGAAUAGAAAAACGAGUAUAUGUGAAACAUCACAAUUUAUUAACGCUUAUAUCGCACUUGAAAUUAUUGAAAUUUCGACGUUGCACAGACAAUGUUUGACAAUAUUUGAGUUUGACACACUCGUUAUCUCGGAGAGUAUUAACUUUUUCCAUAAUUUAUUUUCUAGAACAUUUAAAAAACAAGCAGCUCUACAGUUUAAUAUUUAUGUUAUUUUUUUGUCACCCGUAUUUUCGGGAGUAAAAUCACUAUAUUCAUUUGAUUUUCAAAUGGCAACCUAAAAUAUUAAAAAGUUCAUAAAUACAUGGAGUAUAAGUGAACAUAAAUUUUAGUGUUUUUAAUAUGUAUUUAACAUGAAGUAUUAGUUAACAUAAAUUUUAGUGUUGACAUUUUUGAUUUCCGUCGAUUAUUUGACGAGAUAUUCCACUUUUAAGUUUGGGUUUUAGGAAAGUAAUGGAGUAUCCAUUUGUGGGGCGGUACGGCACGCGGCGUGUUAAAAAUGCGCCACUAUUCUUCUCCAACAUAAACUUAAAACUGGAAUAUCUCGUCAACGGGUUGACAGAAAUCAAAAAUGUCAACAUUCAAAUUUGUUUUAACUAAUACUCUCAAUUUAUUUAUGGGAUCUUUAAUAUAGGUUGCAAUUUUAAAAUCAAAAGUGGUUUUUUACCCCAAAAAUAAGGGUGACAUAAAACAAAAUAAAUAUAAAAUUGUUUAGCCGCUCGUUUCUUAAAUGUUCUAGAAAACAAAUCCCGAAAAAAGUUAAUUGUUUCCGAUAAUGAGUGUAUACCCACUGAUGAUCUAUUUAGGUGGCUAAAUAGAUCAUCCGGUAUCACGCUCUCUUAAUGUCUAUUACAAACGGAAAAAGAUGUUGAAAAUUAGAAAACGCAUUUACAAAAAGGAUACCUUCAAAUAUUGUGCCUUUGCAAAACAUAUUUUGAAAUACUUACGUACGUGCGUGCGUACAAUACUCCGAAGCGAUUAUUGUGCUGCACGCGUUCGAAUAUUUGUUUUAUUUAAAAAUACUUUUAUUCGAAUAUUUAACACGUCUACGCGCGUGCCUAUUAAAACAAUAUUAUGUAAAUUUACAUUUUUUUUUUUUUUUUUGUUUUCUUUUGCAGCCAUUUGUCGGGACGGAUGUUUGAACGGAGGUCGGUGCAUCGGCCCCGAUCGGUGUGCGUGCGUGUACGGAUACGCGGGCCGGAGAUGUGAAGCCGGUGGGUAAAUAUUUGUUGGCGGUAAAAUUUGCGAUUGGACGUGUCCGGCGACACGAGUCGGGUCGUUAGCCGUGAAGUGUGAUUUUUUCGGCGGCCUUAUGAUAAUUUAUUAUUAUACGUCUCGCGCUCGGAGGGACGUGUAUUUCUUGGACCGAGUCCAAAUUAGUAUGUAAUAUCAUGUUCGGGACACGCGCGAAAAACCAUAUCUAUAUAAUAUCAGCAAAUAUAUUCUGAUACGGUCGCUAAAAAAAAAAAAAAAACUACCCGGUGGUAGUUUAGUUUUAGCUGGACGUAAAAACGGUAUGAUUUUCACGUAUACAAGGUGAUCGAUCCACCCAUAAGACACUCAUUAUCUCGGAAAGCGUUAACUCUUUUCGGCUUUCAAAAACGUUUUGUUUUAGAGGACAUUUAGCAAACGAGCAGCUCUACGAUAUUAAAUCUAUGUUAACUUUGGUCAUCCAUAUAUCAGAUGGGUAAAACCGCUAAUUACUUUUGAUUUUAAAACGGCAAACUACAUAAAAAAAAAUCCCAUCAAUAGAUACGGACUAUUAGUUAAAAAACAUUUUGGUAUUGACAUUUUUGAUUUCCGUCGAUCCGUUGAACUAGCGUUCAGUUGAAUCGAUUUUGCUCGGUUGUUAGUUUUGUAUUGACAUUAUUAAAGUGAAUCGAAUUAUUAUCAAACUUCAAUUUUUUUUGUUUGUAAUUUGGGUUUUUUUUUUUGAUGUUUAAACUUUAAGUGAUGAGAUAUGAACAUGUGUAAUAUCUUCUUGUACCAUGGCCCCUGCUCUAAGACCACACUGAUGUUCAACUUUCCCUUUCCAAUGCCAAACCCUCCAAUUCACUCCGAAUUUCACUUUUCCCACAGCCUCAUUUACGUAUCUUUCCAUAUUAAUCUUGGGUGUCUUACCAACGUUUUCCACAAUAUUCGAACCUCAAUAAAUUUUUACCAACUCUCUAUUUUCCUGUACUUACGUGUACACUCGCUGCAUAUUUCUUCCUAAGUACAUAUGAGUUCUUACCGAGUUUUCGCAGCUUGUAUGCAUAAGUUAUAACUGUUUUUCUAUAAACGAUAUAAUAUUUGAAUCGUUAGAUUUUCAACAAGACAAUAUCCUAGAACGUAUAGGAAAUUUGUUAUUCCAAAGUGAUAAAAAAAACGGAGUACACGAUGUUUCAAAAAAUGAAACACCUCCGAGUAUUUAAAAACGACGCCGAACUAAAAGAUGGAGAAUGGGAAAUGUGACAAUUGAAAACUUUUUAAAAUUCACUUAAAAAUAAAAAUAUAUGGAAAAAACCGUCGUCCAAACACAGAAUUGGUUCUCAAACGGAUACCUUUAAGAUUAAUAAUAUAAUUCGAUUCGCUGUCCUUGAUGUUAAAACUAACGGAGGAAAAUCGGUUUUACUCAAUGCAAAUUGUGUGUGUUUCUAAGACGGAUACAACAAAACGAUUGUGCGUAUAUGACGUACUCUCAAUAACAAUAGUACUUAUUAUAUUGUAGGCAGUUUCGACGUCGCUAAAAAUAAUUUAGGCGAUCACCCGCGAGAUUCUGUUGUGCCUGUAUUUAUAAAUGAUUGCGUUUGUUCUUUUUUUAAAAAUGUUAAUCGUGUAUUGUUUUUAAAAAAAGAAAAAAAAUACAUAUACAUAUACAUAAAUAAUAUAUCCGUUCGAACGCAAUUAUUGGCGCUUAAUUAAUAUUUUUUUAUCCGUCUUCUCAUCUUCUAUACGGUAUUGUUGUUGCUAACACUUCUUUUGAUUUUAGAUUACCGAAUUGGCCCGUGUUAUACCAGAGUGAUCAACGAUAUGUGCCAAGGACAACUCGAGGGUGUCGUCUGCACCAAACAAUUAUGUUGCGCGACAAUAGGCCAAGCUUGGGGACAUCCGUGCGAACAAUGUUCGCUGAGUUACGACUGUGACGUUGGUUUUCUCAAAAACUUGCACACUAACCAAUGCAUAGGUGGGUACACACCUACUUGUUAAAGCUGUCGGUUGUACACGGAAUAAUUAAUAAUUUGUUCACGAAUCGCGAUAUUGGAUGGUAUUCAAAAAUAAUAUCAUGCCGUUACUUUGGACGCAAUACAAAAAAAAAAAAAAAAACUAUGAUAUACCUAAUACGAACCGAUGAUUGAUGUUCUGUUGUAGGCGAUUAUUAUUUCUCGAAACCGGCGAAAUUUAAUUUGGGUUUAUUGGAACGACAACAAUUUUAGCAUACUCUACAAAAAAUUAACGUUUUUAAGUUUGUUAAAAGAAAUAUUACGCGAAAUUAUUUUGAUCGAUCUUUGUUAAAAUGUAAACUUUAAACGUUUAAAAUAACUACUACAUUACACUAAAUUGUUUUUUUUUUUGUUAUUUCUAGGACAGAGUAGUUAAGGUAAAAUUAGAAAAAUAUAUACGUAAAAAAUUUAAAAUAUUCAUUUAAAUCCAUUAGAUACGCAAAAAAAUACGCACAACAAAAUUUAUAUUUUAGAUAAAUUAUCUAUCGUUCUGUAGUUCCAAUUUUUACAUUUACAAUAUAUCUUCCGUGUACAUCUAUUUUUUAAUCUACGGAAAUUUAUAUUUUAUUUCCAAUAACGUAUUUUCUAAUUUGAUCCAUAGUUUCUAAGUAGCAAUUAUUUGUAUACGUUUUUCUCAGUGUAUAUUUUUCAAGAACCGAUCGGAAUUAAACAUUAGAAAUCGUAUACAAAGGAAUGUUUUCACACAUCAUAAUCUUGCAUAAAUCAUGUGAAAAACGGAUGUUUUUUGUUUGACGGUUGUGAUAUAAAUUGUCGUUUAAUGCAGGUACCUACGAUAGUCCACAUACGUAUAGUCUACACGGGCAUAGUAUAUAUUAUAAUUCCAUAAAGUUUUUAAAUUGUCAAAAUAUGUAAAAAAAAAAAAAAUUGUUAUAUUCCAUCUUUGGCGCCUAUAUGAACGCAAUAAUGAUUUCGAGUUAUUUUUUUGUAAUUCAGUUAAAAAUAAUCGCUUAUACAUAAUAUUAUAAUGUCGCAUAGGCGGGAUUCGCUGCAUCUCAAUACCUCCAAUAGCAUUUAGACCAAUCGCUUAGGUAGUUUAUAGUGAGGACAAAAUGUGGGUCUUAGUUUAUAAUUUUUAAAUUGUCAUAACUGUACACAUUUGACACACAUCGGAGGCUUUUUAUGGUGUCGACGCCGACGUCAGUUUGGUCGAUUUUGAUUUUUUUUUUUUUGUUUUUUUUUUUUUUUUUUUUUUUUUUUUAGAUAUUGACGAGUGCGAGGCGAUACCGGGUAUUUGUAAAGGCGGCGCGUGUUUGAACACGAUGGGGUCUUUCAAGUGCGUAUGCCCCGAAGGUCGAGUGCACAACGAAGUGACGAACGUUUGCGAAGACGAGAACGAAUGCAAAAAAGGCGACCCGAACAUUUGCCAAGACGGUUAUUGCGUAAACACGGACAGUUCGUAUUAUUGUAUAUGCAAACAGGGGUUCGUGCCCACCACGGACCGAAAAGGAUGUAUAGGUUAGUGAUCUGAGUACUGUUAUAAUGGCAAUGUUAAAAUUGUUUUAUCUGUUUAAUAAGCCGGGUUUUUUUAGAAAAAAAAGUAAAAUUAAAAAAAUUGUUUUUUCUCGAAAUUCGUCUGCAGACACUCAGCAGGGCAACUGUUACACGCAACUCACGUCGAAUAUGGAUUGCUCCGAGCCGUUGGGAAUGAAACUUUCGAAAAAAGAUUGUUGCUGCGGCAAAGACAUGGGCAAGGGUUGGGGAAACACUUGCGAACAUUGUCCAUCACAAGGAAUGGGUAAAUAUUUUUAAUGGCAAAAAAAUUGUAUUUUCAUACCGAUAUACCGUUUACUAUAGCAAAUUAUAUUAGCAUUUAUAGUUACAUAAAAAAAAAACGUGGUAACGAAUUUUUAAUACAACCACCGGUAUAGCUAACGAAAUAUGGUAAAAUCAUUGUUAACAGACGAUGAUUUGAAAACCGUAUUUUGUAUGUUUUAUUGCGAUUAAAAAUACAUGUAUAGAGCUCAAUGCGUUUUUGAAUGGCGGCGUCGUAAAUGUAAAAUAAAAUUGCAUACGCAUACCCACGCAGUACACAGAUUGAGCAAUGAUAUCGUCGACUCUGUAUUACAGCCGAGCACGUAAAACUCUGUCUCGGGGGUAGAGUGAAUCAGACGAUACUGAAUUUGGUAGACGAAUGCGGAUUAAGACCGGAAAUUUGCGGAUCCGGAGGAAAGUGCAUCGACACCGUGGACGGGUACGCGUGUGAAUGUCAUCACGGUUUCACGAAAAGCAGACACGAGGACUCGCAAGUGUGUGAAGGCUAGUCAUCUAUGUGUAAAUAACGCUUUAGAAACAACGUACGCAUUAUCAGACGGCAUUAACUGUCAACGGAUUUUUCGUUUUUUUUUUUUUUUUUCUGUAGACAUCAACGAGUGCUUGCAACAGGGUAUUUGCAAUAACGGACAGUGUACCAACACUCCGGGAAGUUUUAUAUGCUCUUGUCCGCCCGGAUACGAUUUAGCUUCGGACGGAACACGGUGCAUAGGUAAAUAUUAUUUACACUUAAAUGUACGACGAUUGUGUAAUUUCACUGACUGAUUUUCUAACACUGGUUGAACCCGUUAGACCACAACGAAUGUGAAAAAAACGGCAUGUGCGCAAACGGAAAAUGUUUAAACAUACAAGGAUCAUUCCAAUGCCGUUGCAAGACAGGAUUCGUCAUGUCGAAAACCGGACACUCUUGUAUAGGUAAACCGUUUUUAGACUAAUAUAAUACAUUUGAGCCAUAAGCCUUUCAUUUAACUCAACCUAACCAUGUGCCUUGGACCCUGAUUUCUGACUCCUUUCUAUAACCCUCUGAUUGACCUUAUUCAUCCUACAGUUGUUUUUUGUUUCUCUUUUUUUUUUCUUUUUUUUUUAAAAACGUAUUCGUUUUUAGAUAUCGACGAGUGUUACGAAAACCCGAGAAUUUGCCUAAACGGUAAAUGCCGAAAUACCCCGGGUUCGUACAUAUGCGAAUGUCAGCCGGGCUAUACGGUUUCACCAGACGGAACGUUUUGUACCGAUAUAAACGAAUGCGAGAAAAAACCCGAUCUCUGUAGAAACGGCAAAUGCGCGAAUACCGACGGAUCGUACAAGUGCGUUUGCGAUUCCGGUUACAGAUUGUCACCCGAUCGACAGAACUGCAUAGGUACGUAUCGAUAUAAUAUCUCGCGACAACGCCAAUAACAAUAAUAUUAUUUACCAUAAAUAUUUUGAUUUUUUUUUUUUUUUUUGAGAUAUCGACGAAUGCGUGCACGGAGGAGGUCCUUGUCAAAAUGGCAAAUGUGUAAAUACGGCAGGAAGUUAUCGGUGCGAAUGUCAAGACGGAUUUUAUUUGGGACUCGACGGACGCACGUGUUUGGGUAAGUCGUUAUAAUAAACACUAUAUUGCCUACGAAUAUUAACGAAAUGUCAUUCCGAUAUCGAUGGUAUUCAGACACUCUCCGUGACCUGUGCUACGCUAACUACCAGCAAGGCUCGUGUUUACAACCACUGAACACCCCGAUGACGAAAUCGAGCUGUUGCUGUUCGUACGGCGUGGCCGGUCAAACUCCCGGAUGGGGUUCGCCGUGCACGAAAUGCCCUUCGCCGGACAGUUUGGAGUUCAAAGCGCUUUGUCCGCUAGGUUCCGGGAUGACUUACAACGGGGACGGUUGGUAUCGUUCGGUUACGAACGAAAAUAAACGAUAAACGAUAAUCCAUAAUAGGUAAUGGUUUAUUCGUCGUUUUAGAUAUAAACGAGUGCGCUCAAAAUCCGGCCGUGUGUUCCAACGGCGCUUGCGAAAACACAAUAGGAAACUAUCGCUGUAUAUGCGAUUCAGGUUACGAAGUGGACGACACGGGCAAGACGUGCAAAGAUAUCAACGAGUGCGAUAUGGAGGACACGAUAUGCAACGGAGGGCAGUGUCGCAACACGCCGGGAAAUUUCCAGGUAUGUAAUAAUACGAUAACAUUUUAAGAGAUGCGGGGAAAAACGGCGUGGUUUGUUCCUGAACGAAUGCAUAAACAUUAUGCAAAAAGCUAGGGGAAAAAAAUACAACGUUUUUGAGUUUCAAGAGUUUAUAAAAUGCCUAUUGCCGUCGAAAAAAGAUCAUUGCGUCCAGGCGGAAACGGGGAAAAGUGAUCAGUGUUUGGGUUUUCGGUUUCGAUCUAUAACUAUUACGUCAUUUAAUUAAACUUUGAUAAAUAAUUGAAUUUAUCUCAUAGCCUUUUCGAGUUCGGAAAUUUUAAAACCGAAAUACCGAAUAUUUCGAGAACAUUGACCGCGGUACCUUAUUUGUACAGUUGUUGCUCGUAUCGUUUUGUAAAAUAAUAAUAUACAUUGUAUUUACCAUAUAUUUCAGUGCACGUGUCCCGUCGGAACCGCAUUGAACCCCCAAAGUCAAGCGUGCGAGGACGUAGACGAAUGCGAUGAGCUCGGUCUUAACGCGUGUGUAGCGGGUCAAUGCGUGAACACGUUGGGGUCUUUCGAAUGCGAAUGUCCACCGGGCACCGUUUUGGACAGUACCGGGCGAGUUUGUUUGGGUAAGGUCGCAAACACAGAAGAAUAAUGUUUACAGUCCUAUUGUUUAUUUGGAGUCCGACCAGCCCGGUUCUAAAUCUCCACCUGACACUCCCGCGUCAUCGGUGUGCACCCAACAGUUCUCAUUAUCGAUCUCUCUACAUCGUGUCCAACCUCCCAUUUUAAUUUUCCUCUUCACCUACUUCAAUCCACAUCCGUUUGUAAAACUAUUCUUACUGCUUCUGGAAUCAUUGCGUUUUGUUAGAUGUCCACACCAUCGUCAAACUCGGUCUAUUAUCUUUAAUUUUAUCAACUAUCGAAUCAACAUCAAUUUAUUUAUUUAAUUUAUACCCAUAUGAUAUAACGGCCGUUACAAUCUCAUUUUUUAUGACUCAUUCUAAUGACUCCGCUUUUCAGUCCAAACACACUCAUAUCUACUGCAUUUAUUAUGUUGCUUUUUCUUUUAGUCUGCUCUCCCAUAUUUUGCACCGUACAGCAUGACAGGCCUCAUCACGAUUUUGUAAAAUUUACGUUUUAAUAUAAUCUUUUAUUGUUACAAAAAUCGCCUAACGUCACAAAUACGAGGGGACACCCACAAGUAACUGGACUAAUGUGAGGGGAGCGUGGUUUUUUUAUUACCGUUUUAGACCCGUAGUAUUAUUUAGAGUAAUCAAUUGCCAGUUAGUUUGCAGAGUGAUUUCAUUGGAUCGGUUCAAUUCACCAAUUUUGAACCUUUUUGUAUACUUUGUUUUGUGUACUUGUCGUUUUCUCAAUGGUUGAUUUCCCCAUGGCCAAAUAGAUUCUCGUAAAGUCAUUCGUGUAAGUCGUUUUCAAUAUUUCAAGUAUUUUCUUAUCAUUUUUCCCAAACAGGAAGCAAAACUUCACGAUAUUUCGCUGUUUGUAAAAAUCACUUAUAAAAAUAAAACGACAAUUAGUAAACAAAACUGCUAAUAAAACAGGUUAAAAACAGUCGAAAAAAAUCGUCUCCAGCGACAUCGGUUAGUAAACUAACCGGCAAUAUUCAACUCUAAGCGAUACUACCGGCAGAAAUUAUUAGAAAUUUAAUACGAAAAUUCCGCUUCUCCCAUCGCAUUAGUCCGGUUAAUUGCGGGUACCCCUAGACAUAUUGAAUAUUCGUAUAUAGUUAUACUCCAAUUAUGAUGUAUUUACGAUUAAAAAAAAAUAAAUAUUUUUUCCAAAUAUUGUUCAUGUACUUUUUAUAGACAAUCGUCGCGGUUCGUGUUGGACACGUUUGACCGGGGGUAGGUGUGAAAACAACCUCGCGCAGCUCACGUUAAAAUCGGAUUGUUGUUGUUCAAUCGGACUGGCUUGGGGCAGUCCAUGCGAGCCGUGCAAACAAGAAGACUGUGGCAGUGAUUGUAACAAAGGAUACGUGGUAAACUGUUUUUUUUUUUUUUUACCGAUCUCCGAUCUCGGCACGGCGGCGUCGAUUGUACACAUUCAUUUUUUUUGUUUCUACUUAGGCCGUCGGUAAAAUGUGUCGCGAUAUAAACGAAUGUGAGUUGAGCCCGGGAAUUUGUAGAGGCGGAGGCACUUGCGUAAAUACGGAAGGAUCGUUUACUUGCGUUUGUCCUCCCGGAUUGACAUUGGAUACUACCGGUAUGAACCCACAAGUCUAAAUAAAUAUUUAUAGACACAUGUAUUUAAAUUACCUACACCUGAUUUUCUUUUUGUCACGCAGGAACUGUUUGUUUGGAUAUACGAGAAGAAAAGUGUUACACGGAUUUCAAACACGGGGCCGGUAUCAAUCCGUUGGACGGACUUUAUCCGAAAUGCAUUUGUUGUUGUUCCACCAUAGGGAAAUCUUGGGGCGGAGGGACAGAAGUGUCGCUUGGUAGAAGCGAAUCUUGUCCUCGGCGCGGUACUCCGGCUUUCACCGAACUAUGUCCAAAAGUAAACGAAAUGUUAUUAAAAGGGGACGUCAUACCCGCGCGUUCUGUCUCAAUUCAACUAACUGUACGGGCAAUAUAGCAAAAUCGACCUUACGCAGAUUGCGUAGAACUCGUUUGAUUUUUGUUUUAGAGUAAAAUCACUUUUUAUAAGAUUAAAACAAGACAAUAUUCCGAAGAGAAAUAUGAUGCGUUUUCCCUUAUUAUUUUAAUAUUAUUAUUCCGAAUGUGACAUUGAAUACAUUUUUUAGAAGAAAAUAAAACAAAUUUAAAAAAUAAAUAAAUGCACAGUCUUGCCCUUCGGAAUAAUGUCCUUUUUUAAUUUUGUAAUUAACUUCUGUUUUAUCGACCGUUAAUGGGAUUGAGACAGCGCAUGCGGGUAUAAAGUUUUCUCAACCUUAUAAAAAAAAAAAAAAAACCAGCUAUUUAAUUUUUUAUCGCAAUAACAGGGCCCCGGUUUUAUCGAUCGCAAAGAUAUUAACGAAUGUAUCGAAUUCCCCGGCAUAUGCAGUAACGGACGAUGCAAAAAUACGAUGGGAGGUUUCACGUGCAAAUGCAGUCAAGGGUACGCUCUGGACGAAUCGGGAAUUCGCUGUGUCGGUGAGAUUUCAAGAUUUUAAGCGUGUGCAGUUUCGAUGAAAAUAUUACGUAUGGUUGUAAAAUUUGUACAUCGUUCUUUUUUUAGAUAUCGACGAAUGCAGUAUCAUGCACGGUGUUUGUGGAGACGGGGAGUGUCAAAAUAUACCGGGAAGUUUCGUGUGCAAAUGCAAAGAAGGAUACGAAACUUCGCAGCUGAUGCAAGUUUGCAUGGGUAACAAUUAAUGCAUAGAAUUAUAAACACUGUAUUAAUAACUGCGCGUAAUAUUAUUUAAUAUUUUAUUUUUUCCGAAUUAUUCAAAGAUAUCGACGAAUGCGAGAGAACACCCGGAUUAUGUCGCGGGGGCACGUGUAAAAAUACCCCGGGUAGUUAUAAAUGCGAAUGUCCUCCGGGUCACGAGUUGUCCGCGGACAAGCAAAGUUGCAAAGGUUUGUAUAAAAAAGAGAUUAUUUUUUAAGCGAUUAUUUCCGAUAAUUAUAUUAUUUGUUUUUUUUUUUUGUUUACAGAUAUCGACGAAUGUUCGAGGACUAGCGGGAUCUGUUCAAACGGAGUUUGCGAGAAUUUGAUGGGAACGUAUCAAUGUGUGUGCGACGACGGCUACAGGCAAACGGACCAGAAAUUUUAUUGCGAAGGUAAUAUAUGUUAUAAUACAGUUGGUAAAUAAUUUGUUGUUUUAAUGAAUACCGGGAGCAAAUAGGGGGAAAUACACGUCAUCGAAUAUAUUAUAACAAUGUUUUAAUAAUUAGUUUUGUUUUAACAUUAUACUAGAGUGUAAAUAUCGUUUGAAAAUCGAUUCUGAGCGAAAUUUAAUUGGACAUGUUUUUAAAUGCCGCGAUUUUGAAUCCAAAAUAUUUUAAAUGAUUCUAAAUAGUUCAAAAAUCAUCCUAUUAUUUUUAGAAUUGUACCGCGUCUAGAAUGUACUGAUAUAAGUAUUCGAUGAAAUAUUAGGUCUACUAGUAAACAGCAGAAAUCGUCAUCGCAUAGAUUUUUUUCCCAUUUCCGAUGGUUUUUUUUUCUCAAUUGUUAAGAAAACUAUAAGGAAAAUUUAAAAAAAAAAAACAGAGACUUCCCAAUGCACUAACUAGACUAAAUUCGCCACCAAAAUCCACCCUUAAUGUUAACGAUCGGAGUAAUAUUUCUAUUAUAAAAAUUGUUAACAGACAAAAACAUAAGUUCCUCGUACGUUUAGAAUCUAAAAAUGUUUAGCGACUUUUUUUGUUUUUUUUAUAGACAUUAACGAGUGUGAGACGAACAACGGCGGAUGCACGUCUCUAUGUGUCAACAUGCCGGGUAGUUACAUGUGCUCGUGCAAGUGUGUAGUAUUAUAAGAACAGUGUUUUUUUUUUUUAUUUUUUAUUUAGUAAUAUUAUUCAUUUACUCGGAUUUUUUUGGUUUAUGUAUAGAGACGGAUUUAAUUUGUUAGCCGACAAACGAACCUGCGUGGACGUAGACGAAUGCGAACAAAACCCUAGAAUUUGUAACGGAGGCCAGUGUAACAACACGAUCGGCAGUUAUCUGUGCUCUUGUUCGGGAGGUUUACUCCAAGGCGCCGACGGUUCGUCGUGUUUAGGCAAGUACAAUCGACACGGUUAUCGGAUUAUUUCAAUCAUCAUAAUAUUAUUGUUGCCGAGAAUAAAAUCGAAAUGUACGAUAAUUUGCUCGAACAGAUAUAAACGAAUGCGACGAGAAGGACCGGUGUGGCAACGGCAUUUGCAGCAAUACGAUCGGGUCGUACACUUGUCGGUGCGAAGAAGGAUAUUCGGCCAAACUGGAUUCCGGCCCCGGGUGUACCGACGAAGACGAAUGCGAAAUGGGCACUCACAGAUGUGACGUGAACGCGGCGUGUAUUAAUAAUCCGGUAAAAUUACAAAAUAUCGUAUACGUAAAAAUACGGAAAAUCGAAUACGCGUCCCAGCCGAUUCAAAAAUAUAAUAUUCUGUCUCAAGUGAAUUGCAAUAAAAAAAUUAUCAUCUUUUGGUAUUUUCAGGGGUCGUACGGAUGCCGGUGCCAAGACGGAUUUACCGGUAACGGAUACAACUGUAUGGAUAUCAACGAGUGUUUAACCAACAACGGAGGGUGCGAUCAAAACGCACAGUGCAUAAACGAAGAAGGCUCGUUCAAGGUGAACGAUAUGACACACAACUAUAAUAAAAACACGUUUAAUUAAAAAAAAAAAAAAACAUUUCAAUUAUUCGAAUACGAAAAAAAUUAUGUGUCCGUCCGACCGUCCAUUUGUAUAUAUACCUAUGUAUCUAACGAAACGAUAUCGGUGUUCUAUAUCGGGAGGGGGGGGGGAGAACAGGUUUAAAAAAAGUCAUUCAUAAGAUUACAAAUUUUUGUUUGGAAAAUGUAUAAAUAAUAAUAUUAGAUUCUAAGCGAAACGGGAAAUGGUUUUGUUUUACUGUGGUUUUUCUAACCUUAUAGGAAUUUCGCGUAGCAUUUUUGAUCUUGUCGGUACAUUAAAAAAGUCGUUUUUUUUAAUUUUCCUCAUAGUGUUCCCGACGAAUAGGAAAAUCUAGCAAUUUUUCGUAUAGUCGUUGUUGAUUUUCGGGCGACUUUGGCGACAAGGAAAAAACACUACUUAUUAUUAUAUUCCGCUCAAAAUCUUUUUCCGUUAGCAACGGUUGCGUGAAGAUACAAAUCAAAUUACUUUAUGUGUCUCCUCCCCCCCUGACUGUUUUCCUAAAACAGUUUCAUCGGCAAUACCAGCUUUUUUUCUAUUGUUGUCCUAUGUGUUUAGUGUGUGUGCGACGACGGUUUUCGCGGGGACGGUUACAUUUGUACGGACAUAGACGAAUGUUCGGAAGACUCGACGCUAUGCGAGAACGGCCACUGUUUGAACUAUCCGGGAUCGUUCAGAUGCGAAUGCGAAAUGGGUUUCAUCAAUCCGGACGACAAGAACGAAAGAUCUUGCAACGGUGAGAAUUCGAUUUGUUCGCAUUAGUUUUUAAAAAUCGUUAUGCUAAUACUGUAAUAUCGUAUUUCAAUAUCGUCUAUACUUGUAUGUUUUCUAUAUUACAAUACGAUAACUUACUGUAACCGAACAAUACAUUUAAUAGAUAUAAACGAAUGCCACAUGUUCAACAAUUUGUGUGUGUUUGGAAAUUGCGAAAACAUAUUCGGAACGUUUAGAUGCGAGUGUAACGAAGGAUACCAAUUGGACAACACCGGAGGUAAACGAUCAGAUAAAUCGUAUAAAUCUUAGUUAAAAAUCGUUUCGUGUGAAUUUCACAAAACAAAUAAAAUAACCGUCAUUAUUAUCUAUAGGGAAUUGCACCGACAUAAACGAAUGCGAAAGCCCCCAGGCGUGUCUGUACGGCGAAUGUAUUAACAACGAAGGCAAUUACACGUGCAAAUGUCCGCCGAAUUAUCAAUUGGUUUCGGCCGGAAACGCAUGUGUCGGUAAGCGGUUUAUUUUUUUUUAUGACAGUGUACACGGGAAUUUUCGUUCAGCAUUUAAAUAUUAUUAAAUACCGACUGAAAAACGAUUCGCGGCGAAUAAUUUUGAAAUAUAUUUAAACAAACAAACACGUUCGGAUGAAUACUGAUUAGAUAUUAGAUACGAUACUAGAUGUUUUCUAUAAGAACAGUCCUGAUUUUCGGAAAACGUUUCGAGAUCGUACACAACACGUUUGUUAUCGUUUAAAUUUUUUUUUUUCAUCGGAAAUUAGACAAGAGAGAAGGACGUUGCUAUAUGGAAGCGGAAGAACGAGGCGGCAGAAAACUCUGCCAUCACGAAAUGGGAUCGCCGGUGUCGAAAGCCACGUGUUGCUGUUCCGUGGGCAAAGCUUGGGGUACUAAAUGCGAAUCGUGCCCCGCAGUAGACACGGAACAAUACAAGGCCCUUUGUCCCGGAGGGACGGGUUACAGACCCAAUCCGACUACCGUAAUAUUAUUAUAUCGGAAUACUAAUUCAAAUAUUCAUUGGCCAUUUGUAUCACACACAAUUUGAUUAUACAUUUUUUUUUUUUUUUUUUAUAUAUAAAUAAGGUAAUACUCGAAGACGUGAACGAAUGCGAAGAACACGACAAUCUGUGUAAAAACGGCCACUGUACCAACACGUUCGGGAGUUACAUGUGUUCGUGCAACGAAGGCUACCGACUAGACAACACCAGUACAUUCUGUUAUGGUAAUGUAAGAAGCACAAACUGAUCGGACGUUGUGUACACUCGUAGUUACUCGUGUUUUAUAAACGUUUUUUAGAUAUCAACGAAUGUCUUGAAACCCCGGAGAUAUGCGGCGUAGGUUACUGUUUGAACGACGUGGGCACCUAUCAUUGCGAUUGCCCCGACGGAUACAUGUUACUGCCCAACGGGAGUACGUCGAUAAUAUUUGCGUCGUUAAAAAACCCAUACGCACAGGCCUGUUAAAUUGAUAAUAAUCGUAAUGUUUUCAUAGAGGAAUGCGUGGACAUGCGAAAGGAAAACUGUUUUUUGAACUACACAGACGGCCAGUGUUCAGUGCCCAUGUCCAACAGUCAAACCAGGAUGAUAUGCUGUUGUUCGAUGGGCCAAGCUUGGGGUUCACCGUGUCAACCUUGCCCGGCGUUGAGUACCAGUACGUUUCGGAUUAUCGUUUUAUAAAUAAUAUAAGGCGAGCGCUACUAUUAUUGUUGUUUUUUGUGUACCCAAGAGGAAUACCUGUUGCUGUGCGGAUCAAGACCCGGUUUGAUUAUGAAUCCGAUGACCAACCAGACCGAAGAAAUUGACGAGUGCGUGCUAAUGCCGAACAUGUGCAAUCACGGCACGUGCGUCAACACGCCCGGAAGCUUUCAUUGUUCGUGUGACAGCGGUUACGUGUACGACGCUAACUCUCACCAGUGUAUCGGUAUGAGUUGUUAUUAUUUUUUUUUUAAUAUUUUGUUUACGGUACAUUGAACAAUAGUGUAGCAAAUAUGAUAAUAUAUAGAAGGGUAAGUGAAGUCACUCAAGGAGAUAGGACAAAAACAGUAGAAUGUGCGUAAUACAUGUAUGUAGUUUAACAGUUGAUGAGAUAAGAUAGAAUCGAUCUAGGUGGUUUGGACGAAUCAGAGAUUGAAUGUCGGGGACAAAACGGAAGAGACGGUUGGACACGAUUGAGAGUGUUAAAAAGACUAUUGACGUGUGUAUUAACGAUGUGGGAGACCGAGUUAUGCGGAAUAUCAGGGUCAAGGGUUCUCCUCGAAAUAAAUGAGUCUGACGAGGGAGAAGGAAAAACACUGUACUUGUUUCGUUAAUGCGAGUGGCUGAAUACGAAUUCUACGGACGAUUAUUGUUAACGAAAUUUGUCGUAGACGAUAACGAAUGUUUACGCAUACCGACUCCGUGUCGAGGAAUCGCGCAGUGUGUGAACACUCCCGGUUCUUUUGAAUGCCAGUGUCCCGAAGGAUACAAGCUCGGACCGACCGCAAGAGAGUGUGUGGGUGAGUCGUCAUUUAGCUAAAUAAUGUUAUCUAUACGGGUUUUUGACUUCAAUGAAUGUUCGAAGACAUCGACGAGUGCUACGAACGCGAAGGAAUCUGCCGGGAUGGCGAAUGCACCAAUCUGGACGGAAGUUUUCAAUGCGUUUGCCAUAACGGAUAUGCGUUGACAGCUUCUCGCGAUACUUGUGUGGACGUCGACGAGUGCAGUCGACACACGAAUGUGUGCAACAACGGUACUUGCCUGAACUCCGUAGGCUCGUUCAAGUGCAAUUGCUUUGACGGAUUCAAAUUGAGCCACAAUAACGAUUGCAUAGGUAUGUGAACACGCUAUAUUAAAUUGUUAGACGUAGCGUAAUCUCGUAACGACUUGGAUUCAUUUCGUUCACAGAUGUGGACGAGUGUAGAAUGAUGCCGUUCCUUUGUAGAAACGGUCGUUGUAAAAAUACUAUGGGAGCGUACAGCUGCGAAUGUACGUCCGGUUAUGUACUGUCCACGGAUGGUCAACAUUGUAGAGAUGUCGACGAAUGUAUCGAGGUAACUGCGUAAUAUCGUUCGCGUGUCGUGACGAUAUUUUUAUUAUGUGUACUACACGCGAUUCAGAAUUCGUAUACACUAUGUAAUGUGUAUUCCGAAUCGUACUACUGGGAGUAUCGACUAACAUUAUGUCCAUUUCAAUUAAUAUUUCAGUUACCAGACACAUGUCCUCAACCGGGAAAAUGUCAAAAUUUGAUGGGUUCGUUUUUGUGUACGUGUCCGCCCGGCUAUCGACUAUCGGCUGCUAAAAAUUCGUGUCUAGGCGAGUUAAAAAUAAAAAAAAAUUAUAUUUUAAUUUCGCGGUUUACUCGGAUAUUUUUUAUUUUUAUUUUUUUUUUUCCUGCAGACAUUAACGAAUGUCAAGAAAUGCCCGGCAUAUGCGACGGGGGAACUUGUAUGAACACGGACGGCGGUGUAAUAUGCGACUGUCCCGAGGGUUUCGUUCUCAGCUCCAGCGGAAUGAAAUGUGUAGACAUGAGGCAAGACUAUUGUUACGACACAUUCAUGUUCGGUUAGUAUAUUGCGUUCGUUUAAUCAGCAAUAAAAUCGUUGUUAUUAAUAUCAAUGUUAUCACGUCGUUCACGCGCAUCAGGCAAUUGUCUAGACCCGAGAAAACAGAGAAUCACAGAAAAAGAAUGCUGUUGUUCGUCGGGAGACGGAUGGGGAAAACUCUGUACCGCUUGUCCGAAGCCCGGCAGUGGUAACGAUUAUAGUUUUUUUUUUUUUUUUUAAUUUCUACGCGCGUUUACGUAAUGAUAUUAUUCAAACCCCUCGUCGAUUUCAGCCGCGUUUAUGAAAUUGUGUCCCGAAGGCGUCGGCCGCGGGGACAAAGGCGAAGACCUGAACGAAUGCGAUUUCAUGACGAACCCGUGCGACGGCGGUGAAUGUAUAAACACGGACGGGUCUUACCGAUGCGAAUGCCCGGUAGGAUACACACUGGAUUCGACCGGAAAGAAAUGCGUGGACGAGAACGAAUGCAAAAUCAACGUAAACAUAUGCGGAAACGGUACUUGCACGAAUUUACAAGGCGGAUUCGAAUGCAUCUGCGCGGACGGAUUCGCUCCGGGGCCGACCCAAGUAUGAGAUAAUAUUUCAAACCGAAAACCCAAUGCCCAAUGAUAUCUGUGUAGUUUGACUAACGCGAUUUCGAUUUCAACCAGGUAUGCGAAGACAUCAACGAAUGUCUCGAAAUGUCCAAUCAGUGUGCGUUCCGUUGUCACAACGUGCCCGGAUCGUACAGGUGUAUAUGUCCGUACGGAUACGCUUUGGCGCCGGACGGUAGACACUGUCAAGGUAUGUGACAACAACAAUAUCGUUAGGAUUCUGUGCAGUUGCCAGACAGUUCUUUACCAGACGGUACUAUUUAAUGGCGGAAUUCACGUAUAUUCCCGUGUUUUACGUCCGGAAAUAACGAGAUAAAUCCGUUUAAUCGUACGGGCGAAAAACAAUACGAAUCCGAACGUUUUGGCCGUUAUAAACGGCUCGCAUCUCGAAAACUGCGCGGGUUUUUUUUUUUUUAUUUUUUCACGGUGUAAUUUGUCGCUCGAUCAACGUUGUAAAAUCAGUUUCAUUAUGAACUCGAUGUUUUUAAAACGGACCUUUUUUCGCGCUCCCUGAAAAGUCUUGAAAACCGGAGCUCUCUGGUUAUUGCGCAAAAUCGCUUUACAUUGAUCUACCUAAAUAUGCUCUGUCGCGCGGUCGAGAACGACGAAACGAAAAUUAUCAAUCAAUGUAAACCAUCGGUUGUUGUUGACACGGUUUAGUGAUUUUUGUUUGUCCAACACAGACGUCGACGAGUGCCAGACGCCGGCCAACAAUUGUAAAUUCGCGUGCAAAAACCUGAUCGGUUCGUUCGCGUGCAUAUGUCCCGAAGGGUACGUUCAAACGGGCACGGAUGAGUGCCGGGACAUCAACGAGUGUGCAGACAAUCCGGAUCUGUGUCAGGACGGAUUUUGCGUCAACCUGCAGGGCUCGUACAAAUGCGACUGCUAUGACGGCUUCAAACCGAGUAACGACGGAAAACAGUGCAUAGGUACGUGUUAAUAUCGAACAAAUACGGCGGUUGGAAAUCACCACUUUCGGUGUAGUGCGCUAUCACAACCGCUACGUUUCUAAAAACAAACAAAAAACUUGUCUCCUACAGUCGUUGCUUCUCCUCGUUAAAAGUUUAGAGCGCUAGCAAACUUCGCUCACGACAACAGUUAAUAUUUAGAUUUUACGGUUUCCGACGAGAAAAACGGAAACUAUGUUUUGUUUUUACUGUAGAACGAAAUUUAAAACAAUAUAAAUUCGUGAUUUUAUGUUGAUAUGAAGUAGCGUUUUUUUCGGCGUUUUCCCGUGAAAAAUAUGGUGUUUUAGUAGCUUUAUAAUUGCACGCUACUUACCAAAAUAAACGAAUAGCGCGCUAGUUCCAACCACUGCUAAUAAUUUUAUUACGAUAUCGGUAUGACAAGAAGUUUUGUGCGACGAUGAUAACGAAAAAAAAAAAAAAUAUUCUUCAUUGUUUUUCCGCAAGAUUCCCGAGUCGGAUAUUGCUACAGACAUUUGCUGAACGGCCGGUGCAUCAAUCACGGUAGCAGCGGAGGCGGUGACGUCACGAGCGUCGUGGCUUACAAGUCCGUGACGAAAGCCGACUGUUGUUGUUCAAUGGCCGCGGCCUGGGGACCUUACUGUCAACCGUGUCCGUCUCCGUCUUCGGAUUCGUUCAGACAGCUCUGUCUGGAAUCCGGUUACACGAUCGACGGCCAAGGCGAGUGCGAUACACUGCGUUUUUGCAUAACCUCUGUCGGCCCAGGACUAAAAACAUCGUCGAUAAUAUCGAUUGUUCUAAAUUUUACAGACAUAAACGAAUGCGAAACGUUGCCGGACUUGUGCGCCAACGGGCGGUGCAUAAACACGUUGGGAUCAUACAGGUGCAGUUGCAACAAAGCGUACCGAGUGGAUCACACUGGAACCCAUUGUAACGGUGAGUGCAGAGUUGGAGUGUUUUUUAAGUAAGUUCUCUGGGUCCGAACGGGCUGUUUAUGCAGCUAAGUCUGUUGUACUCUUAUUGGAGGGGGGAGUGGUAACCGGAAGGAGUCCAGGGAAGGUGUGGUCUAUCUGCCCGUGGAGCGUUUUUAAGGGAGGAAAGAGUGGACACGCAGUGGAUAUUCGCCAAAAAAAAAAAAUUGCACCGGCGUGAAUAUAUAUAUUUCCGAUAAUUGUGUUUUACACGGUUCUUAUCAUAUUCAGAAAACCGCGGUCCCUCGAAGGCUUUGUACUCUGAGUGUACUUAGUGAUAUUACUACGAAUCAUCGCAAAAUUGUCCUCGAAAAGCUGGAUCAUAUGAGCUCAUAGACGGGAAUUGGAAAUAUGUUUUUUUUUUUUUUUUUUUUAGUUUUAUAAACUCCUAAAUACUCCUAAAAUGAAGCCAGGGGUUCGUAAUUUCGCGUGUGCGGGGCAUUAGUAACAGCAAGAUGACUUUCGGGGGGGAUUUAAACUCUCAACCUCAAGCAUUUUAAUGCUGAAAUUGCACGAUUUUUCGGGAACAGUAGGUCCUACAAAGAAUAUCUACAAUGGAAUAUAAAAUUGGCGGCAGUGGAUUUUGGUCAAAUUUUAAUUCAUGAUUUUUGUACUCACCCGACCGCAAAUCUUCUUACAGACAUUAACGAGUGCCUGGCCGUGCCGCCGCCUUGCGAGAUGUCGUGUCAGAAUCUGGAAGGUGGUUACGCGUGCGGCUGUUCCGCCGGAUACCUGUUGAAUCCCGACAACGCCACUUGCCGAGACCUGGACGAAUGUUCUACCGGCCAGCACGUCUGCCAGCAGCUGUGCAUCAACACUCUAGGGUCGUACAAGUGCGGAUGUCAAUCGGGUUACCGACAGGUCGGCGACCACUGUUUAGGUACCUACAAUAAUACGAAUCAUAAUUGUACCGGCAACAGCGAUAUUAUGCAUUUUCCUGUUCGCACCGAAACCCGCGCGCGUGUAAGGUUUAAACGUCUCGUUGACAACGGUAAUAUUAAGAUGGAGUAAAAUAAAAAAAAAAAAAAAAACAAACAAACAAAAUCGUUAAACGUUUAAAUACUAUGUAUACAGAAGGAUUGAUGUAGUCGACAAUCGCGAAUCGUAUUCCACCCCGCCCUAUCGAUUUCACGGCGUAAUCGGUAUUCACAUCCCUGUCAAAAAGUCGACGAGAAGGAGGUCCGCACGACAGAAUUCUGGACAAUUGUUUCAAUGUUAAAACUGUUAAAUUACCCGGAAAACGUUUAGUCUCGUACUAUUUUGAUAAUAUAGGCGGAAAUUUUCGCCUAUUUAUUACAUAUACACGUAUUUUUUUUUUUUUUUCGGGAGGUGGGAGUUAGAGUAUUGACAAUACGAGUAUAUAUUAGAUAACAUUUGGUUUCCGAUACGCACGCGGAGAUCAGCAGAACACAAUUCGGAAAUUAUUGAAUUUUUUCGUAAUUUGUUUUCACCGUUUUCGAACAAUUCAAUGGGCGAACAGCUCUAUAAAAUGUUACGCUGAUGUUAUUGAAAAUUACACGGAUGUAUGAAGUUUUAGAUUAGAUACAUUUUGGGUUUCAAUGCGUUUAAUUCCCGUCGCUAACCCAUUAACGUUUUGUUAGUGGUAGGGGAGUAGUAGAGAACGAUUCAAACGCGUCACAUUGUGUACCCGUCGCCAACGUUCAGAUAAUUCGUCUCUACGGUGAUGACAUCGUUGUCGGUUGGCUUUUUAUUAUAAUAUGGUAUCCGCGUCAUUGAAACAGAAAGAAGAAGGUCUUUUCGUUUUUUUUUUUUUUUUUGCUAUUUUUACUAUUUUUUUAUGUCUGGCUGUAAAUAAAUAUUCGUAUCACGGUGCUCUUAUAGCAAAUUGUAUAGUUUGAUUUUAAUUUCCGCCGAAGAAGAUAUUUCACCUAAUAUUUACCGUAAGUUUAUUGAGUUUAUUUGUAUUAUUUCAUUAGUUAUAAAUUACAAUUUAACUCUCGGUAAUUCUAAUAAAGUUGUUCUCUCUUACUGUCUAUCGCAAUAUCGCAUUCAGGAAUUCCUUUUUUAUUUUAUUUUUUUAGCGGAUUAUUUACACAUUACAUAUUGUGGUUUAUUAUAGCACAUUGUAAUAUAUUACAUAAUUAUUUGAUGGUUAAAAGUUUUCUAACAUUUUGGGAGGAACAUAAUAUCCUUAACCCCCACCCCCCACCACCCCACCCCAGAAUAUCCAAUUGAUCUAUAGGUUAGGUAUUUACUAUUUUAUUUUUAAUACAAUUUAUACGUAAAUAUUGGGUAAUUUUUCAAUAGAAGUCAAUAAAUUAGCGUGUGUUUUCGACUAGCUCGUAAAACUGCACCCGAGCAAGACUUAACCUUCGGGGGUAUAAUUUCAUUUACAACACGAAAUAAUAUUUUAAUAUUGCAUAACGUGCUGUAGUCUAACGGUAUUUUAUUCGUCGAGGAAAGCGUAUAGCAGUUGUUAUAACCGUCCGAUAGAUAGCGCUCGCGGAACGUAAACGAAUGAAUUUUAAUACGUUUUGAACAUAAUUAUUUGUUAUCUACUCGAGUUUACUAUGUGAAUAACAUUAAAUAUUAUAAGUCAAUCGGGAAACGUUAGUGUUAUAAAUUAGGAGUUCAAUUGAAAAAUGGUAUUGAAAUUUGUCGAAAAGAAAAAUAACUAAUAACCAUUGGUUUAUUGCCGUUUUUAAUGCUUCCCUGUUGUAACUCAUUUAUAUGAUUUUAAAGUAAUAAUUGUAACAAUCAUUAAUUACGUCUAUCACGAUUUUUAUCGUGUACUCUAUCUGUAGUCUUUCUCUUCGGAUACGUCUUGCUACGUCGCCUUCUGUGAUUUCGUUAAGCUAUUGUGACGCGGUAGAUGCCCCAUCAUUUUACCCCUCCUGGCUCACGAAAUGUAUCCAAUUGCCUUUGUUCUGUUUAUUGAUUCCCCGUUUGUUAUUCUUUCUGUCCGUAUAAUCUUAAGCAUUUGCGAACCGCAUUUCAAAAACGUCUAGUUUUCUUCUCUCUUCUUUACCGUUCGUCCAAAUACGCCUACUACAAAAUAAUUACAUCGCUCCGCCGAAAUAACCCAACUGUUUGUAUGCAUGUUCGUAGAUAUCGACGAAUGCCGUCAAGAACCGAAAUUGUGCCCCGCUCCGGGCAAUUGCGUCAACACGUUGGGAAGUUAUCGGUGUUUAUGCCCGAAACAUUACAAACUCGACGACACCGGCACACGUUGCGUGGAUCUCAAAGCAAAACACCAGCCGAACGAUUGCUUCGGACCGGACUGCGAUAACUAUAAUAAAAACAACAACAACAACAACAGCAACAACAACAACAACAACCACCACAACAACAACAAUAACAACAACAUCGGAUGUCAUGAUCGUCGGGUAAGUUCCGAACAUAAUAACGAAAGAGUGCAUUUUUAUGGGUUUUUUUUUUUUUACGUUUCGACCAAACCGCACAUCAAAAGACGUUAUCCGAACAGUUUGAAGUAUUGAUUAUUUAUUUCAAUUAAGUUCGUGAUUUUUAAUAAAACAUUUUUUUACAGUUAAAAAAGGAAAAAUACCAGUAUGCUAUGCGGUGGACUGUAAUCAUAUUCGCUGAUUGAUUGUUAUCAUUGUUAUUAUUAUAACGACUAAUAAUUGACUGCGCGCUAUUUUUUACUUUGAACUUUAUAAUCACGAAUUUAAUGAAAAACAGCCAAUGCUUGAAAUUUUCGAAUUUUUCUUAUCUUGAAAAGUGCACUUUUUAGUUGUUUCGCGCCAAAACAUAACAGUUCAAUUCUAACGUAAGUAUUUAUUCGCUUGUAAUUCUUAUCCCUGCGAGUAAUGUACAAAAAAAAAAAAAAAAACCAACAAAAAUCACAAUCCGAUUGUCUUCACGAUCACCGGUAGACGUUGCAACGGGUAAUCUCUGCGCGGGACCACUAUCGUGUUGUCACUGUUGUCGCGACAGCGGCAAUAUUGGCGAUUUCGCCGUUACACCUGUUCACCGGACGAGUGUGGUUAUUAACGGGCGUUCCGCGAAAUACCGGUGCCCAAGAGCAAGAGGCGAUCGCGGCGUUGUCGACGCGUGAAAUCCAAUUUCGGCCGUGUUAUUUUCGCGAACGGAAAAGAACAAUUUCGGUUAUUGACGCGGGGGGGGGGGGGGGAAAUAACAGCAGCAAUAACAAAAUCGCAAUUUCCAAAUUUAUUUCUAAAUCGAAUUUGUUGUUUUCGACCCCGUAGCUAAUUCGUUGACGAAAUGCGGAUCGCGCGGAUUGUAACCGUAUUGUGUUUUGUGUCUUUCGGAACCGGAUAUACGCGCCGUGUCGCGCGAAUAAGCUGCGUAGGGAGGGGGGGGGAUCCUAAAGUCCGCGGUCGGAGUAUAUAUAUUUUUUUUUAUAGUUAUUCCGAUGGUUUUUUAACGGGUUUUUUUUUUUUUUUUUGAAAAUGUAUUAUUAGAAUUCACACAACGGUACAAACUCCGGUGCCGGCGGCAACGGUUGCGGGUGUCCCAAGGGUUACCGGAAGUUCGGACGCGAGUGCGUGGACGUCAACGAAUGUUUGGACUCGCCGUGCCAACCGAACAUGAACUGCAUCAACAUGCCCGGCGGUUAUCAGUGCGUGUGUUCCAACGGACAGAUCUACGACACCGGCACCCAGAAUUGCGGCGGCAAACAGUUGGUGCGUGUUUCCCCCCCCCCCACCCCCGGCUAUUAGAUUUACGACUUGCAUAGGACUCGUGUAGAAUUUCCGAACGUUAUCGCCGGGCCAAACAAAAACCUGUCGGAAAUACGAUUUCCGCGGAAAUACGGAACCGCGUUAACGACGUUUAACGAAAGAAAGAAAAAAAAAAACCCAACGAUUUUUCGAUCUCUCUGCGGCAGCCUACGCAAGAUCAACUCUAUGAAUACCUGGUGUGCACCUCGAAAUUUUCGCGCAUUUUCGAGCAAUCUAAUAAAAAAAAACUUAAACAACUCCAAAACUAUUUACUACGGGUAUUUCCAACGGAAUUACAAUACAAAAUCCGAAAUAACCGAAACCGUAGAUGCCAUUUCCCCAUUUCGCUAAUUGUUAAGAAAACUACGAGGAAAAAUUAAAAAUUUACUAUUUCAAUGCACCGACUAGGCGAAAUCCGUUACCAGAAACUAUCCCUGAAAUUGAUGACCGAAGCAAGAUUUCCGGUAGAAAAGUGAUUGAUAGGCGGACAAAAAAAUAACACCGCACAUAACUGUAUAAAACCAAUACAUUCCUCGUUACCAAAAGGCUGUCAAACACGGGGGUCGAAGGGAAAAAUAUCUCUUCUCAAACGUGUACAAUAAUAUGUUUUGUUUACACAAAUAAUAAUUUGUUAAAAAAAAUUAACCUCGUCUCCCUAACCCCCCCCCCCCACCACCAUAACAAAAAUCAUCUGACCGUCACUCACCGAUUCUUAUAAAUCGUAUUGAAACCAAAAUCUCUCGAGAAUUCCGAAUCGUAACAUUUUUUAUCCGGUACGGGUACUGAUAACGAUUCGGGGCCAUUUAUCUCGAUCAAUUAUUUGGAAUUUGUUGAAGAAAAGAACAAUCAAGUGCAGGUUGUAGGUGUGACAGCGGAAACAAAAAAAAAAAAAAACACAAAUCAAUGUAUCUAUGCAUUGAAAAACGAUGCUCUGCGCAGAAUACUUUUCCGUCCACUAUCACCCGAAAACACGGUCGACCGUGUACAUUUUCACCCGACUUGACCAUAAUUCAUAAUUGAAUAUUGUUUCAUCGAUUUUUUUUUUUUUUUUUUUACACCAGAGCGGCGGAGGUUGUUACGCGAGCCCGUGCGCUUUCGGUUGCACUUCGAUCGGACAGAGCGGAUUCUCCUGCGAGUGUCCAAUGGGCUACCAGCGAAUCGGACAGGUAUUGAAAAUAAUAACAUAAAACACCCGUCCCGGGACUGACGGAGAGAGAGCCGGACCGGCUUUUACGACCGGACGAAAAUGCCAACUCGGCCGGGGAACUUCCGUUAAAAAAAGUAUAGGUACCUAUUGAACGGUUCGGAAAUUCCGGUACUCUCGAUUUCGUACACUUUCCACGCGUUCCGUGACGACAGUCAAUGCUACGGAAAUCGAUUUUUAACCGAUUUCCUCGUCCGCAUAGUGGAUUCCGCGUCGACCGCGACAUUUCGGCGUGUUUUCGCGUAUGACUCCGAAGGAGAAUGACAUUUUUUUUUUUUUUUUACGAGUAACCCGCGCUGCUGCGCACACACAGUCCGUAUUGGGUUUUGAUAUUUUUCACGAAACUUGCACGCCGAAAAUUUCUCUUAAGAUCCAUCGUCCGCGGUCACCAUCCGCGGUAGCUGGUGAGUAGCGUUCGCUCUACAACCGGCCGGACAGCAGACACAGCGCGCCCCCACUGUUUCUUUCAGAACUCGUCGCUGGUAUAUGAAUGCAAAACAGAUUUCACUUUUUUCAUCAUCCCUAGUCAAUUUCACUCGAGUCGCACACUCCGACGGUUUCCCCGUAUAUACCGGACGUCCCCGUCCGUGGUUUUGAUAACAAAUACAUUUUCGCGUUAUUAUUAUCAGGGCCAUUGUUUGUCAACCAUAAGUCCGCUGACCAGCGGAUCGAACAUGGGUCUGCCGGACCUGGGCGGCAUUCCGACGUUUCCCAUCGAACCGGAACUGUACCCAAAGAGCUCGGGCGGCAAAAUCAUAUCGACCGAAGGUUGUUUCUCGUGCAAGGUGCGUGUUCAUCAUACGACUCCCCCGUUCGCUUCGAGGAUUGUAACGGUUUUUUUUUAAUUUUUAUUGAUAAUACCAUCGCGUUGCAGAUCAACGGCGACGGAAGACUGCGGCACAGGCGUACCACGAACGUGACCUCGGAAAUCGCGGAACCGACGAACGACGGUGCCACGGCCCGCGACGGUCGGCAAGACGAUCCGAAAGGCCGCCAAACGGUAAGCGCCCGAGUUCGUGCGUAGCUCUCGACGCUAACGGAUGGCGGCGGAAUGUCCGACCGUCGAAAGCCAGUAGUCCUUUUAAUAGCUGUCGUAGUAAAAUAAUACGCACUGCGUUACACGGUGAAAAUGUUGAUCGCCGUUCAGCCGAUUAAUAACAUUGAAAAUACGAGCUCGAGUAUGACGUGUCCGAGGGUUCACGGCGUUUUUCUCAAAAAUAUUCAAAUUCACUUUAAAAUGCAUUUUACGAGUAGCCCCGUGCCAUUAUCCCCCGAGUGAAUGUUAUCAUUGUGUAUUAUUAGUGAAAUUAACGUAACGUUUUUAGUACUGUUUGCGGAUUCAGUUCAGAAACCGAAUUUUCGACAUAAAACAAACAAGGCCAUGCGUCGCGGGGUUUUUAUUUUUUCGAUAUCCCUAUAACGGAAAAUGUAACUCAAGCGGAAAAAGUCAAAAACUCAAAACUAUUCGAUUUUUCGGAAAAACAGUUCUUACAGCCGAAUUCCGGGUGGUCUUACACCCCUUCGUGUAAAUAGCCUUGUAACGGGUUUUCAGAUUUUCGUAAAAUGUAAUAAUUGUUUUCAUAAAUGUUACGACAACCUUGUAGAUCAAAUUUUUCCGCUAACCUGCUACACGAUAUCCUACGAAAAUUUUUUUGCGGCAAUAGGUAUGAAGUAUUAUUUACUUUACUAUUAUUUUGAGACAAAACCGUUGAAAUUCACUUAGAUUUUCAAUAUUUAUCGCGGCGCAUCGGUUUCCUUUCAGCGUUCAAUAAAAAUAAAUCAUUGAAAUCGGACCGUUUCGCGAGACAUGAGAGUUUUCACGCCGCCGAUCCGGCGCCUGGCCCAUUAACACCUCUACCUAAUUUGCCCGCUCGUAUUUCACUGAUCGUUUGUGAUUUUUUUUUUUUUUUUCCCCGCGUGAGCAGGCGAAACACAAGCGCAGACAUCACCGGGACGACGGAGUACACAAGACCAUCAGAAUGAAAAUGUCCGACGUCCGACGGAACACUCGAAUUUUGAAAUUGUUGCCGGCCGUCAAGGUGAGAAACGUACGCUCGGUGUCGUCCGUCCGAAAAGGUUUUUCCGCAUACGUAUCGCUACCGUUUAAACGUUUGCGCACGGUAUCGUAUUGUUGUUAUUCAGCAAUUUUACCGGUUUACCGCGAUUUUCGCUGUACCGAACGCAUUGUGCAAAACCGACUAUUGUAAAGUCACGGCGAAAUUAUUUUUUCCUACCGGACGCGUUUUGUUUUUAUAACAUUCCAUUGGCACUUAAAAUCGUUGGAUUUCAUUUCAUUUUUGUUUUUUUUUUUUUCGUUUUCAGGACAAUUACACGUAUUUCGUGGUGCCGUCCGCCGACGCGAUCAACAAGUUCAAGAUAAAACGGAACUCGAAAGGUAUUUGGGGCUUGCACUUCCGACACAAUCCCAAAAAACCGGGCAAAUAUCAUUUGGCCAUCGACGGACAGCGCACCGCCGACGAAAAUCAAAACCUGACCGAACGUCGUAACCUUCCGAUUUUGCACGUCAAAUUGAUCGUGUUCGGAAACUGAAUCUGCGUCCGUUUUUUUAUUAUUAUUUUCUUUCUUCGUUUAUAUAAGUGCCAAUUGUACGUGUAAAAUAUUUCCCAACGCCGUUUAAUCAAACAGUAAUUAUAAUUCAGGGCCCGGAACUUGAUGCGUUUGCAAUUUUUUUUCUCUGUAUACAUUUGUUUCAUUGAAUCUUUAACGGUACACAAUAAUUUUCAAUUUCGUAUUUUUUCAGGGAAUAAUGUGCCAUACGGUAAUUCUUCUAAUAUUAUUCGGUAUACGAUUUUUAUACUUGGGAAUUUAUUGACAUUUCCGUUGAAUUACAUUCUUGACAAUCCGGUACUCGAAACACGCGUGUUCAAAUUGAAUGCCUUCCGCAUCGAAUAUUUGUCUUGUUCGUUAUUUAUCCUGUCUUUAAUCUCCUAAAUCCCCGCCACUGUAGGGUACCUGUUUACAGUAGCGGAUUUUCAAUAUUUUUCCGAUAGGGAUCCUGAAAAAUCAUGUGUAUUUAAAAGUUAUCUUAAGACACCUCUUUUUCGGGCGACAUUUUAUUGAAAUCAUGUCAGUGACUGGGGAGUGGGGAGAGGGAUCCAAAACCCCUGGACCUCCUGGAUGCCCCCUCGUAAGUCCGCUACUGCCUAUUUAAGAUAUGCACAGUAAAUAUUAUAUCUAUAGUCAAUACUAAUUUUCUGAAUAUAUUUCGGCGGGAAUAUAAACAUUUUUACGCAUUUAUUAAUAUAUUUUUUUUUUUUUUUUUUGUGAACUGUUUAUCGGGUCAUCAAGUCUUCCGAGCCCCGGCGAUCAUAUUAUAAUUAUUCUGAAUUUACGUGUUGAUAAUAACGCAUAGGGAAAUUCGCGAUGACAACGUUGAAACGUCAGCGUGUAUCGAUUUCAUUUUAUUAAUACCAACGAUAACAAUAAUAAUAAUCAUGAUUUUUACGCAAAUUGUUGUCGAUAAUAUAAUAUAAAUUAUUAUUCUAUAUAUUGAUUGAUUUUUUUUUUUUUUUGUCGUCUAUAGGUACGUUUCAUUAACAAUAAUCGCCCGUCGUUUAACUAAUCGUAUAAGAACAUAUAUUGUUUUAUAGUAAAAAAUUGCAUGUAAAAAAUAUUACAAUUAAUUAAUAAAAAUAAUAUUAAUGUACGACAAUUUAUUAUAUUUUAUUGUAAUAGAGAAAUAAAAAAAAAAUAAAUAAAUAAAUAAAAAAAAA